GAAUAUUGGCAGCUCACUAAGCAUCUUUACUAGCCUGAGUUAGGCAAGUCACCAUGAAAUGGCUUCAGCAUCAGUCCUCUCCAAACCUGCAGUAUGGGAACAACAAUACUAGCCUAUCUUACAGGUUUGCUGAAAAGUAUGUGACAUGAGUCAUUGCUUUCCCUUCAGUAUAUAAGUGGGGCUUUUUUUUUAAGGCCUGUAAUUCCCUCAGAAUGAAAACUUGAGGGGUUCUCACAACAGGGAGGCCACACUUUAUCAGAUAUUAUUAUUAUUAUUAUUAUUAUUAAUACCCCACCCAUCUGGCUGGGUUUCCCCAGCCACUCUGGGCGGCUCCCAACCGAAUAUAGUAUGCUUACAGAACCCCUCACAAUUCUGUUUCUAUAUUAAUGGAGUUAACUUGACUCACUUUAUCAGUUAAGUAAAAUUCUCUGCAUUCUUUAGUGUUGGUUUGUGGGUCUGGUAUGCUAAAGAGUCCAUCUGUCUUUAGAAUUUAAGGUCAGUUCCUUUCAGUCAUGUAUUGAGCCUUGCCCAUGGCCACAACCCUGCAGUGGGGAAGAACGGAACCUGUACACUCCUCAGUUGGCAUCUUCUCACAUAAAUGUUUGAAACUUCAAUCACGCUGUAUAUAUAAAUGAUACACAUUAAAUUGCCCUGAAGCUUAUAGAUAUACAGUCAUACCUUGGUUCUCAAAUGUAAUUUGUUCCGGAAGUCCGUUCAACUUCCAAAAAUGUUUGAAAACCAAGGCGCAGCUUCCGAUUGGCUGCAGGAGCUUCCUGCACUCAGUCGGAAGUCACUUAAGCAGUGUUGGAUGUUCGGCUUCCAAAAAAUAUUUGCAAACUCAUUUCUGGGUUUGUGGCUGUCAGGAGCCAAAACGUACGAGUGCCAAGGCAUCCCAGAAUCAAGGUACGACUGUAGUGGUAGGCUAUGCUUCCAAAUAAAUCAUUUACAAUGGUCACAAUAUCACUGACAGUUGUACAAGGAAAGCCAUUUAGAAGAACUAACCCUGGGAUUCAUAGAUUUGAUAUACUGUGCAUGGUGGUUUUGAUAUAAGUCACCUUGGAAAUGUUCUGCCUUAAAAGGUGGCGUAUGAAUUUUUUUUUGGGGGGGGAAAUAAUUUAUUUCUCUCCCCCCCCCCAAUCUCAUCCCAUCUCAGGUUUGUCAGUACUUCAGAAAGUGUUGGAUACAGCUGCAGAAAAAAACUGGCAGGUGACAGCUGUCAAUAUAAUGACAACAACAGAAGAAGAGUACAAGUCACUGUUCCAGAACCUGGAGAAGAAGAAGGAGCGGGUGGUGGUGGUGGACUGUGAAUCAGAGCGGCUCAACGCUAUCUUGGGCAAGGUGAGUUCCAAUAUUAAGUGCUGCUGAGACAGGAAAAAACAACAAGGAGUCUUAUGGCACCCAAAAGGCUACCUUAUUUAUUACAGGGAAGUGGGUUUUAAUCCACAAACAUUUAUGUCAGAAUAAACAUGUUACCCUUUUAAGACACUUUAUAGGUUUUUUCCCCUACUGCAGACUAGCAGGCUCUGAAUGUUUUUCUGAGUCAAUAAAAUUUAUUUGAAGGAAUUUAAUAAGCAGAUAUUUGUAUGGGAUUUUCUUUGUUGAUUUGCUAAUACUUUUAUUCUAAGCCAUUUGGCGGGCCUCUUUAGGACUGCAACAUUUGACAUGGUAUAGUCUCUCCAUAAGAUGGCUUUUUAAAAAAAGGGAUAUCUUAAUAAUUAAGUUCUAUUUACUCCAAUACAUUUUGCAACCUUAAAUUCUGCUAGAGUCCACUAAAUUUCCAGAAGUCACUUUUAUGUUGUGUGAAAGAUUACAUAAAAGGGGAGAAAUUAACAGGUAAUGAAACAGGAAGAUGGAAUAAUGUGCCAUCUGAUUAAUAAUAAUAAUAAUAAUAGCCCUAUAUUUCCUGGUCUCCCAUCUAGUUCUCAGUCAUACCAUAAUAUUAUUCUGGCGAUAUCUCAGUGGACCCCUGAAGCUAUCACCUUAUUUCUUCUAAAUUGCCUUCAACGUUCCCAAGAUUAUUUAUUUCUUCAUUCAUUGUUUCAAUUUAUAUUCCUCCCUUCCUGCCAAAGGAGGCCAGAGAGGCAAACACAUUAUUUUUUUUUAAAAAAGUUAAAAAUAUUAUCUCAACCAGAGAUCUCAAGGCUAUCAGGAUGGAUGUCUUUUAACCAUCAAAUGUGUGGGUAAACAGGAAUGUUUGUAAGUUCCUCAUGCAAAUCCACAAUGAAGGAGACAGACACACCUCAACAAGGGAUGCCAUGAAUAUGAAAAUGAUUUUUCACUUCUGAUAUGAAAAGCCCUUCUUCACUGUUGUGGUUCAAUCCUCUGAACAGACAACAGGUUUGAAACUAUCAUCAUCUGUUCUAUGUAAGAUAUAAACAACCAAAUGUGUAAAGAGUCACAAUUAAGUCAAUUUUGCAUGUGACACAACAGAUAUGAAUUGUAAAAACACCACAAUUGUAUUCACACAAAGUGGCCCCAGUAGGCCAUACCAGUAUAUGGGAAGGCAGAAAUAGCUGCAGAGAUAAAUGGAUACCUUUUGCAAAUCCAUAUACAGGUAGCUUGUUUGCGCUGGUGCAUGAAAAAUUGCCUAUGACAAAACAGCUGCUGUGCUGUAAUUCUGGGAUUAGAGUGUUUAUCAGAUUAAUCUCACUGUUCCCCUGGGCUCAUCCCAUCUGUUUAUUUGUAGUCACCUGUUGCCUUAUGCCUGAAACCUGAACUGUGAUUUAUGCUGCUGAGGAGCUAUGCUUUCAUUCCAGAGAUAUUCAGCUAUGAUGCCAGAAAUUUGAUAAAUAGUAGUAAAUACAGAUCCACAAUUCUUCAGUAUACACUUUACAACUGAAACAUAAUAACAGAAGGGAAGUCAGUAGGAUUUGACUCAGGUUUCCUUCUCUGGGUGAAAAAACCUUUAUCUUUGGACUACAAAAUAAACAUAGAAUGGUGAAAUUCACAACAUGUUCCAGGCUUGUAGGUUUAACUUUCCUGUAUCUGCAUCUGGUUCUUACAUUUUAAGACACAGUGGUGGAUAGAAGUCCUUUAAAAAUUCAUUUUUCAUCGCAUUUUGUUUGAUUUGCAUUUGGUGGAUUGCCAGAGAUGAUUGACAACAUGUGUAACUUAAACCUGUUUCCUAUCUCUUUCAAUAAAUAAAGACACACCCAAGCCAGCCCUUCAGGCCACAAUCCAAGCUUCCUCACCCAGAAGGAAAAAGGAAAUAGCAUCAGGGGGAACAACAUGUUAUUUGACCAAAAAGGCUAACAGAAACAUAUAGCUUCAUCCCAAACAUAUAUUAAUUGUUUGGAUAUAUGUUAGUGUCUUUUAAGAGAUCCAUGGAAGAAAAAGGUUUCUCAGGUGUGUGUUUUUUAUCGCAGUGCCACAAUCUUGAGAGGGAACUAGGCAGUUGAAUUUAUACCCAGCAUAUAAAUAUUAAGGGGGGGGGAUAGUAAUUGUAUACACACUGAAGCAAGUGGGCCUGUAUGCAGGAGCUCUAUUCCCAUUCUUUUUAUAUAAAAUAUAUAUUAUGAGAUGGCAGUUUUCUGGGUUUAUUUUUGUACAUACAUCUGCAAACAGUGAGAAACAGACGACAUAAUUUUAAAACAACUGCCUCGCAUUCCAUAUUCAUUUUGUUCUAGUUAUUUCCAAUCUGCACUGAUGGCUUGUAAGGCAGUCCUUUUCUUUUCCUGCCUGGCAAUUGUACCCUAAAAUAUCACGAAGCUUAAGCCACUUCCUGGGUUCAGGAGAAAUCCAUGCAACUGAAAUGAGCCUUUUGUGAAAGAUCAUGCUGAUCUGCAGACGUUCCAGACUCAUUUGCUGCAGUCAUUAUUUAAUUAUCCCACCCAGGAGAUCUGCCUGGUGUGAAAGGUGGUGGAGCCUUACUUAUUUGUAUCCAGAAGUGCUAACAAAUGUCUGCUCUGAUAACACUAAUUGAGGUGCUGGGUUAUUAGCAUAGGACUCAGACAGCUUUUAAUGUAUACUCAAGGGCAUUUCUGCAAAAGGUUAAGGCAGGUGAGCCAGUUAACAUAUGAACAAGUGUCCAAUAACCACUAAUCCAUUUGGUGAUAAUUGUAAUGCCAGGGAUCUUUAUGACAUUGUUGAGUAUUCCUACAGAUCCCACCUGGGCAUUGAUGUUUAAUUGAAAACCCAUCCGCACUUUUUCAUUCUGUGGUCACGUGCUCUAUUAAAAAGAAAUCGGAAGGUCCCAGAAUUUAAUUUGUAUUGUACCUAUUCUUGUCUGUAGCUUAAAAAGUUCAUAAAGAUGCAGGAGUGGGUGGGAAGAAAUGGACAGAAAUAGCUCAGGGUUGCUGUCCUGCCGCUCUCCUCUCCAUUUCCCAAUAGGUAGCAUUGCCAGUGUUUUGGUUCAUGCAAAUUCCAUAAGAGCUCAGCCCAAGCAUAUACUGUGCUGGUAGGGGAUGGGGGGAAAGUGGAUGGAAAAACAAUGUCAAUAAAAGCAGAUGAGGAAGAGUGCAACUAACUUUGCCCUUUAGAAAGAGUCUCUUCAGUUCCGCAAAGGCAAUGGAAAGAUAUCUAUUACUGGCAAAGGAACCCGACAGCAUUAUGAGCCAUUCAGCAUUUAUAGUGACAAAGAACAGUAAAACUGUCUGCAUUCAGCCCUGCAAAGGUCAUGGUGCUGGGGAGAGAAAUUCACAGACAACACUACACAUUUGUUAGAGAGGAAUGCCAUAUAUAAACUUAUAAUGUUGCACCAUGUUGCCUUGGGGCCACCUUUGCUCUCCAGACAUAGUGCAGAUUGUCCACGGUUAAAUGCUGCUGUGCCCAUUUAACCGCAAUAUAACCUUUAAGGUGAGCGGGAACCUGAGAAUGUUUAUAAACCCCGUAACCCUGGAACAAGGCAUAGUGGUGAGGGUUUCCAUCCCAUUUAAGGUAAAGGGACCCGUCACCAUUAGGUCCAGUCGUGGCUGACUCUGGGGUUGCGGCGCUCAUCUCGCUUUAUUGGCCGAGGGAGCCGGCGUACAGCUUCCGGGUCAUGUGGCCAGCAUGACUAAGCCGCUUCUGGCAAAGCGGCGCACGGAAACGCCAUUUACCUUCCCGCCGGAGCGGUACCUAUUUAUCUACUUGCACUUUGACGUGCUUUUGAACUGCUAGGUUGGCAGGAGCUGGGACCGAGCAGCGGGAACUCACCCCGUCACGGGGAUUCAAACUGCUGACCUUCUGAUCAGCAAGUCCUAGGCUCUGUGGUUUAACCCACAGUGCCACCCACGUCCCCUUCCAUCCCAUUUACAGACCUGCAAUAGGCUCUUCUUGCAGCCUGUAGGUGCUGACCAGAAAGGAAACGCCUUGAGCAUUAAUUGCACCCAGGGAUACUCAAUUCAGUACCUUUCUGCCUUUUAGUGCCUAUGGGUGAAGACCUCUGCCCUUAGGCCGUUCAGCCAGUCCUUUAGUUCUGUUGGGGAAGUCACUGAUGGAGGCUCAGAAAAAAUAAAGCAUCAUCCCAGAACUAUCAUAGAAGUCACCCCCAAAAAUAUUGAAUAGUGUGGCGGCUGAGAGUGGCACUUUCUCAGGAGUAAUCUGUUGUGGGGAUGGGAGCAUACAUGCUGGGCCAGAGCCAGUGGGUGAGGUCAGAGCCCAAAAUGGGCAGGGUCACUCUUUUAAUCUAUUUCUGCCACCUUCUUUCUAUCAUCUUUCCACCCUGUUUCCUCUUGCCCCUCACAGAAAUGAGGGCUGAAAGUUUCCCACCCCCUAUUUAAACCAUGACACACUGCUACAGAAGUCAGACAUGUUAACCAUGGCGGGAAAAUGAAACCUCCAUGUGCAGAGACAUCCUACUUCUGAAUAUCUGAAAAAUAAUCUGGGGUGGCCACGCCCUGUUUGCCAGGUUGAUACACUUAGCUGGUUGCUGUUGAAACCUCAAGGCAGUUCUCAUAUUGUCCUUCUGCUCUCACAAAAACAUAGUUUGUGCUUCUUUUUUCACUUGCUUCUGCUGUCAUACGAGAAGUAAGCGUUCCACCUCUUCCCCCCAUCUGUGAGAUGGUCUGUGGGCCUCCGAUAACCCCAGGAGUUCAUGGAGGCCAGUCCAGGUGAAGUCUGCAAGUCCCAUUUGAGACAUUAUGGCAAAAGCUGAGAAAGCAAAAGGCAAACUCCCUCAGCCUUUUGUGUGCUCUACCAUUGUCUAAUACACAAGCCAGCCCUGGAAGAUAUGACAGCAAACUGCUCCUGUCAGUAGCAGUGAUCAUCAUCGCCCUUUGCUUGUGAGAUAGAGAGCAGCAUAAUUUUCUAAAACAUUUGUGAUGCAUGAGGAUAAUGUAUUAUGUGUUUGCACCCAUUUUGGGGAUAUAGUAACUGUACUCAUUUUGCAACUUCUUCCUUGCUUAUUCCGAUCACUUAGCAACUGUAACCCCAUGUGUCAUUACAGACAGUUUCUUCUAGCUUGAAUAUGGAAAUGGGUUUGUGUUUUUUUAAGUAGCUUCUCAGUAGUCAUGAUGCAAAUAUUCUCAUUUAUAGUACAACUGAACUAAAAUAAUUGCAGAAGCAGGAGAGACAUUGUGAAAGUCUCCUUGUUUUACCAGUAAAUUAUACUGCUAAAUAAAAUGUUUUGUGUUUCACCACCACAGAUCAUCAAGCUUGGAAAAAAUGGGAUAGGCUACCACUAUAUUCUUGCAACUCUGGUAAGCUGGAUGUUGUUUGCUUUCUAUUGCCUACGUGUCUUUUCUGAGCAUUUUUAAAAAUUUGUUAUAAAUUCAGCACUUAGGAAAACUUAGAGUGGAAUUUAGGGUGGCUUUAAACACACAACAGUGCAACAUAGUGGACUGUUAUCCUUCAUCCAAUUAUACACAAUGGUACAUAUAGAUGUGCUCAUCUGCAUGUGUGGUGUUCCAACAUGACUCUUGAAAAUAAGUUCUUUUGUUUUGGAGUGCUGUGUUAGCACAAGAUGUUGCAUACACCACAAGAGGUGCGUGGUAUAACAAACCCUAUCUGUACGUUCCUUACAUUUAAAGCACAUGAUCUUCCCAAAUUAUUCUGGGAACUGUAGUUUAAUGGUGCUUGGGAUUGUAGCUCUGUGACAGGCAGACUAUGGUUCCCGUGAACCUUUAAAUGUGUUUUAAAUGUAGGGUGUGUAUGCAGCCAACACUCGGUAGAAGGUAGUGUGAUAAUUCAGCUGUAGGGUGAAAAACAAGACUGCAGACAAAGUUAAACCAAAACAAAUAAGCUUUUACCAAAGGAAGACAUUUAAACAGUUAUUUUAUUAAAGGCAGGGAGAAAUUUAUUUAAAAUCAUUUGGGUCAGUUAACCACUCACAGAACUACAAUUCUCAGAGUGGUUUAAUAAUCAGUCCCUCUUCCCAGGAUCUUUGGGAAUUGAAGCUCUGUGAGGGAAAUCGGGGUCACCUAACUGUUAGGAUAUUUCCGUUCCACCUUAAAUGGUCAGGCAUGAUUGUUGUGUAUCACAUGCCUGUUGACUUCCAGCCUCUCGCUGGGAACUUCCGUUUUGUAUAUAGCUUUUGUUCUGGCUGUUUUCCUGGACACGGAGGCAAGCAGUCAUGUUUUUCCUUUGUGCUGAUCUACAUUGAAUAAAGCUGUAAAUAUGCUCUCCUGUCGGCGUCUUUCGUUGUGGAGACUCUGCAAAAAGGGUGUGCAUGAGUCUUGGAAUGUCUCUGAGGCUUGUGUCGCUAAUUGACUGAUGCUGUUCCAAGGGAGUCUGGAGAUGACUGGGGCCUGCCUGAUGGCUCCAUCUCCCUGGCAGUAUCCCAACACUAACAACUCUCAGCACCUGUAACAAACCACAGUUACCAGGAUCCUUUGAAGGAAGCUAUGAUUGCUUAAAGUGGGAUGAUACUGUUUUAAACGUAUAGUGCAAGUGGGCCCUCAUAGUCUGGCCAGAGCAGGAGAAGAAAAGAUACCAGUCUUGACUGCAUUGCACACUUUUGCAAAUAUGCAUUUAGAUUAUGUUUAUACUAUUUUCAGAUCCUGAAAUACAUGAGGUUUUGAUUUUUGCUUUCAAAAGUCCUUUUAACAUUCCAGUGGGGUUAAUAUUCAGAUGCAGGAACUAGCCUGCAAAUUCAAAAUAACUUGUUUGUGUGUGAACCUGGAUAACAGGCAUUUGGCAGGUCCCUAUGAAAAGACUGUUCAUUCUCCAGAGAUGUUUAGUCUCUUAGUUCUCUGGUGAGAAUGCCAAUAAUGGUUUAAGAGUUUGUUAUUGUGUAUGUCAUGGCCACAUGGCUUCAAUAUGUCCGCACUUCCAAACUCAUUUAAUCUAGGCCACCACACAGCUAUAAGCAGGCAGUAAUGACAUUCACUUUCUACUAAACUGCACUGCAUUUUAGUCAGUGUACCAAAAGUGAAGUGUUCCAUGUCCCAUUAGCAAUCCCAGGAGCCCUCUCAGCAAAAGAACAGAUUGGGACUUCAGUCAACUACAAUAUUCUAGUUAAAACUGACUCAGUGGUAAACAUCAUUUUAUUGAAGUACUCCAGUCUUAAAGAAAGAGAGCCUGGACUCCCCCUCCCGCCACACUCCCAUUAUUCCAGACAGAACCAGGGCAGCAUGUAAAUAAUGUGAUAAACUGGGGUUUGGAACCACAGGACAAAUGUGGUUCACCCAGAUCUCUAUAUCUGGCCCUUAGGACUUUCCAUAGACCACACCCCUUACCAGGCCAUUCUCUCCUCUACCAAGGCUGCUUUGACUCUGCUUUGUGUUCCUUGGGUGCUUUUGGGUGGUUGAAAAAUGUCCUUUUUGAGGCCUGCACCCCCUUUUGUUCCAUUUUUUUCUUUUGGUGAUGCAUAUCCUCUUUUUUGUGAUCUGUACUGUUAUGUACUGAACUUGGAUCCUAGAACAAUAGGCAGGUAGGAUCCUAGAAGGCAGCAGCCUGAUUGGUCUGCAGGAGCCACCCAAUCCAGCUCCAGGAGGAUGUGAAUCAGCAACCUGAUUGGCCUGCGUGAACAGUCCAAUCAGGCUCCAGGAGGGGAGUUCAAUCAGCCAAUCACACGGGACUCAUUGCGUAAAUAAUGUACAGUGGUACCUCGGGUUAACAACUUAAUUCGUUCUGGAGGUCCGUUCUUAACCUGAAACUGUUCUUAACCUGAAGCACCACUUUAGCUAAUGGGGCCUCCCGCUGCUGCCGUGCUGCUGGAACACGAUUUCUGUUCUCAUCCUGAAGCAAAGUUCUUAACCUGAGGUACUAUUUCUGGGUUAGCGGAGUCUGUAACCUGAAGCAUCUGUAACCCAAGGUACCACUGUAUAUAUAGCCAGAGGUUUUAGGGGAAAGCACUCACUCACUGUUUACCAUGAGCUGAAAUAAAGAGCAUGAAAUCAACACUCAACUACGAGUAUAUUUCAUGUACCUAAAGUAAGAAAUUUGAAAUGAAUUUUGUAAGUUCUUCCACCUGCGAAACAUGAUGCAUUUCACUGGUAUUUUUCAUAGAGUGAUUUUUUUGGGGAAGGGGUUUUUCAUGCAUGCAUGCAUACAUAAAAGAUGGCUAUUGAAAGGUCCAUCUGCAUAUUUUCUGUUGAAAAUACUUGGUGGUUGUUUUGGUUUUAAGAGAUUGCCUGGAACUCCCUUUGGGGUAUUCAGCUCAGCUAUAAAAUCUUCACACACGCAGUGAGAAAGAGAGAGAGAGAAAUAGAAAUAGAGAGAGACUGAAAAUGAAGGGAGCUAAGCUCUGCUCCCCCCACCUCAGUUGCUACCCCCCCACCACCACCCUCCAUCUCAAGGAAGACACAGUUCUGAAAUGUGGAGCUUCCUCCUACCUGUUGACACACCCCGUCUGAUUUUGAACCCUGCACUCAUUCCUAUUUCCCCGCUCACGUUAUCGGUGUUGCACCUGAGCAGAAUACCUGAAUAGGGCUUGAGCUUACAGCUCAGUUUUUCCUACCCUUUGCAUGUGCUGCUAUCAAAUAUAUAUCUUACGUUCCAACUGCCAUGACUUGCCAUUGCUACAGUUCUUCACAGUCAGCAAUUGUGAAAGAGCAGAAACUGAAAACAUACCCAGGCUAGUGAAAUGCAUUGUAAUUUUCCCCCCUGAGCUUCUUGACAUAGUGAAAAUGCAAGCCACACUCCAUCUUGUUUAAGAAGUCUGUGCAUGUAUGUAUGGCUUUGGAAGGCAAUUCUAGUAAAAUCGUUUGGUGCAUUAUAUCCUUUCCUGCAGCUUGGCACUGAAAAUCAAAGUGUAUGGCCAUCACUCAUUAAAUAUUAUGCUACCGUUGAAUCAAACUGUAACUACCAUUUCCCCCUAGCUAGUCCUGAGACCAUGCUAUAAUAUAUAAGAUAAAAGUGAAUGCACAAUUGUAUUGUUACCAAAUACUAUAGGCUGUGUGCUAAGUGGAUAGUUGCAUAAGCUUCAGAAUAUAGUUGUUUUCAAAUCUGUACUGGAUCAUUAAGUUGCUUUUACUUAGGAAUGGUUCUUGUGAUAGGACUGCCAAGUUCACACGUGGUGAGCUGUCUGAGUGAACUGGCUUUCCUUUGUGGACUGGCUUGCAUUGCCUUUUCUGUAUCCGCAUGACUGCAAGCAGCCAUCUUGCAGAGGCAGUAAUCAAAAGUUUACCCGUGGUGCUCAGAUUGUGAGAUGUGGUCCUAGUCAGGCCAAAACUACAGCAUUUCCAGCUCCGGCUGUUGCACUCAUAAAUUAAAUGCUUAAAAAUGACCUUCAACCCUUAGGAGCACCAUUUGCUUUGAUUUUCUGCAACACGGAGAAGAAAACUGUGAAUUGUGCAGCUCUUCAAUGGGAGACAAUCAAGCAUUUGGGGCUUCCUCCAAGCAGGUGGCCCACAUGCUGCGCUUCUUAGGAAAAUAUGUCUACAUGCACAGAGUAAGAAAAUUCACCCUUUGGUGAUUUUUUUAAACACCCUGAUUAACAUCAAGCUAAAGGAGGUUCUUAAAAAAAUCAAUUCAAGUUCUAUUAUCUUAAGCAUGGGCCUUAAGAAGCCUCUGGUAAGCUGGGUUAAAGGUAGUUUGAAGAUCAGCACAGGUAUUUCAGAGUGGAAGCACAUACUCUUCCUGUCCUAGCCAUCACCGAAAAAAAGAAAUUGUGUGUACAGAGUGAAGGGAGGCAGGAGGAAAGAACCAUGGGGCAGAGAAGAAGCCGGGGGGGGGAGCGCUGUCCCCUCCUUGCACUCAUGCACUGUGUGCACCUAAUUUUCAGCAGCUAAAAUGGCUCAUUUUGAUGAGCAAACAGCAGUUUUCACAGCCCUGCUUGUAAGCAAACAUUGUAUAAAAUGGAGUGCUGUAUUUUUUUUUGCAGCCAACAGCGCACAGAAACUGAUGUUUCCCUGGCAGGAACAGCUUUUCUAACAAAACGCCUGUUUACUACAUGAAACUGCAAAUGACUUUUUCAUGUUCACAGACAGUUUUGUAUUCCAGAAAAGUGCACGAGUUCUGAUCCAAAGGGCCUCUUCGGCUGAGCAAUGCACAAGGGGACACACAAACCACUUUCCCUCCAUUUCUGUCUUUCCUGCAUAACGUAGGAAGCAGAGGCUUGUGUAUCACCACUGUAAGAGAGAAUCAUGUAGUUCUACCCAAGACACCCAUGAUUUCUCAUGUUACACAAGAAGUGCAAAGGGGGGGGGAAUCACACGUCAUUGUUAUUGCAAAAUGGCUUUCAGCACCAUUCACAUAUUAUGAGAGAAGAUAAUGUGUUUGCCACUGCAUGCACAUCUGACUUUCUACAGCUUUCUGAAAUGUAGUUCAGAUUUCCUGCACCUGAAUACUGUGCCCCAUUUGCAGCUCAUCAUGAUGUGCAGAAAUUACUUUUUUCACAUAUAAACAAAUAUAAUGUGAGAAGCUGCUUCACGUUGCAUAGAAAGAUACAUUAUGAACACCAGCUUACAGAAAGCAGCCAUUUGGGUGGGGGGGAAAUAGCCAAACAAAACUAUUUGGGUUAUCCUUCCUUUCUUUUUUUGUACAGCAUUCAUUCAAGAAGUCUUCAUAAGGAAGCAAGAGGUGAGCUUUGGUGAAUCCUGUAAAUUGCUCAGCCGUGUGCUUUUAAAGUCAAGGAAGAAAGGGAGGAUCACAGCCAGCUUUAGCGGAAUGGGAAGCUUAGAAACCUUUAAGACCCAUCUCUUUUGCCAUUUCCCAUCACCCCAGAUUCAGGUCUCUUUGCUUCUGAUGCCAGCGAUUUAGCUGGGGGUGCUGUCUUUUGUGGGAGGAACACCGGUUUUCUGCUGAGCGAAAGAAAAUGUGUGGCUAAAAAUAUGACACUUUCAAAUGGUUUGCAAGGGGAAAGUGUUAGGGUUGCCUUACAUCUAGAAUGUUCUCCUUUUUGUCUGAUCCCAAAUCUUCCUUUGGAAAAGGUCUUGGUUGCAGGGGUGGAGGAAGGGGUGUACAGCGGAGGCAGACUGCCCCGGGUGUCACCACUGAGGUGGGUGACAAAAUGCUGGGUGGCACUCACCACAGGGCCUGCAGCACGCCCGAGCCACGAAUCUCUCCUGGGAGUGACGUGGUGGCUUGGGCGCCCGCAGGCUCCACACUACCCAAACGAUCCACCUGCCACCUUCCCCUCAGCUGUAGGGUGGCUGAGUGGGAGGAGGCAGGCAGACUCCUCCAAGACCCUGCAGAGUGUCCUGCCCCAGCUGGCCCCACCCCGUGGGCGGCUGGUCCCACCCCUGGAUGCAGGGCACACACGCCACCCCAGGCACCCGAUCGGCUUGCUCCGCCGCUGGGUUUUGGUUGUUAUCUUUUUUGUAUUCUAUGUCAUCCACUCAUAGGUCAGGAAUGAUUAAGUGGUAUAAAAGUCCUGUUCAAAAAAAGAUAGUAAAUGAAGCUAAGACAAGUACAGUGGUACCUCGGGUUACAUACACUUCAGGUUACAUACGCUUCAAGUUACACACUCCGCUAACCCAGAAAUAGUGCUUCAGGUUAAGAACUUUGCUUCAGGAUAAGAACAGAAAUCGGGCUCUGGCGGCGCGGCGGCAGCAGGAGGCCCCAUUAACUAAAGUGGUGCUUCAGGUUAAGAACAGUUUCAGGUUAAGAACGGACCUCCGGAACGAAUUAAGUACUUAACCCGAGGUACCACUGUAUACAGAAAGUACAUCUUAGGCAUAAUUAGGAUGAUGUAUUUAUUAAUUUAAGGAUUUGUAAGCUGCUUCCCGGCAUAUAUUUCCAAAGCAGUCUACAACGUGAAUGAUCAACAACAUAGUAAAAUGAAGUAUACAUAGCAAUAAAAAACAGAUUUUAAAAAGCAUCAGAUCACAAAAUUCACUACAGUAAUACCAUAUACAGUGGUACUUCGAGUUACAAACACCUCAGGUUACAAACGCCUCAGGUUACAAACUCCACUAACCUGGAAAAGUUACCUCGAGUCGAGAACUUUGCCCCAGGAUGAGAACGGAAAUCGUGUGCCGGCGGCACGGUGGCAGCAAGACGCCCCCAUUAGCGAAAGCACGCCUCUAGUUAAGAACAGUUUCAGGUUAAGAACAGACCUCUGGAACGAAUUAAGUUCAUAAUUAGAGGUACCACUGUAAAAUGGCUGAGUCACUCUUUCAGGAAAGCGUCCUUAAAAAGAUAAUUUCCCAAUAGCCAUUGGGAAGGCAAAAGUGCUAGGCCCUUGUCUCAGUUCUCAGGCAAAUAUGAUUGCUAACUGUGAUAUGCAGAAAAGAACAUGUUUCUUUACCUUUGAAAAUCUACAAUGCCUCCUAAUUUGUUUCUGGGCAAAAUUCAACAUUCUGGCCUUCAUCUACAGAGCCCUACAUGCCCUGAGAACAAGAGUACUGAAAGAGGAGUCCCAGUGGCACAAGGGGUCAGUGUGUCUGUUAACCAGAAGGUUGGUGGUUCAAGCCCACCCAGGUAUGGCUGUGGGCAGGAUUCCUGCAUUGGAGGAAGUUGGAUUAGUUGGUCCCUUCCAACUCUAUGAUUCUAUGAUCACCUUCCCAUAGGAACUUGUCCACCCAACAUAGUGCUAAGUCUCCUGUUCCAUCAGCAUGAGGAUCUCUCCAUUUUCAUUGGAGAAAUGUUGGAGGGUAUGAUGUUGUGUAAGCAGAAAUCAUUGUGCUGAUGGGACAUGGUAGUUGAAUAGGCCUUUUCGGUGAUGGUACCCUGACUGAAGACUCUCCACAGAGACAUUCACCUGACAUCUAGUCUGCUCUUUUAGGUGCCAGGUCAAAUCAGUUUUAUUCUCUUCAUCGAUUGAUAGCUAUUAAUUAAUACAGGAUUUUUCUAUGUAAUCUUUUACUUGCUUACUCUGCAGCAGCUAGACCUGUACUAAAUCUUCUAUUUCUUGGUUCAUUUGUUCUAUUUUGAAUAGCUUAUUUGAUUUGAUUUAUUUUUUUACUGGAUCCCAUCUUCCCUUCCCAGAAACUGACUUGAAGACAUUAUUGAAAACUACAGUAUAAAUACCUUAAAUAAAAUAGAUAUUUACAAGUUUGGCAUCCCAGGCCAAUCUCACCUGUUGAAUGGUGAGAUACCCACAUGCCAACAAAAUUUCCUAUAACAGGCAACUGAAACUGGUAGAUACUAAUUUUUUUACAGUAAAUUAUAUGCAGAAAUCCUGUCCUGCGUCACAGGCUGAUGAUCUCAAAUAGUGAACUACCCUUUAAAAGACCUCUGGGGUAAAGGGCAUAAUUAAUCAAGGCACAUCUAAAACUCUUCACAUCAAUACCCUUUGUGCCAUUACUUGAUGUAUGUUCAAUAAGCAUCUAUGAAGUGUUAUAUAAAGAUUUAUUGGCACUAUUGGAAUGUUCUGCUUUAAUGAAUUAUAGGCCCAUCAUUUGUAAGGACAGGCGUGUACCAAUAAAACCUUUAUGGCACAGCUAAACAUGAUGUACUGUUUGAAAAGACUUUUUUAAGCUGGCACCAUAUAUUCUGGCUGUGUACAGUUUGAGUGCUUUUCCCUUUUCACAGCUGGUGUGUAACCAGAGAGCGCAACAGAAAGAAACAAUCAUGUGAACUUUUAGACUUCCAGGAAAUCUCUAUUUUCAAAGCUGAAAAGAAUAAAAAUUCAUUUCCCUUGGAUCAGCUGAGAAUAAUGCUCAAGAGUUUAAAUUGCUGCUUUCCCCAGAAAAAAAUGCACAGACACGUUGGCAAGGAAAGGAUUGGGUCCCUGCUUCCAUCAAUUUUGCUGAGAAAACUGAUGAUUGAAAUGGCCUUGUGCCAUUUUCAACUGAUACAGGUUGCAUAUAUUUUGCACUCCGAUAACCAUAACUCAGUGCACAAUGUAAAGCAAGAAGUCCUGAGAUUAAAAGAGCUAAAUCGAGCACCAUCCAAAUUCAUCCCUCUUGUCACUCAUGAAUAAAUAAUAGUGACACAUUUGUGGCUACAUGUAAUAGAUCUCCAGGCUUUGAGGAAAACUAAAGAAAGGUUCUAGCAUUGGAAUAGAAGCCCUGGUUUUCACGAAAAAGGGGGCGGGGUGUCAGGGAAAAUCACAAGGAACUUGAAUUUCCUGAAAUGUGGUAGAGUAGCAGCAAUAACUGUUAUGCUGCUGAUAUGUUCCUCAUGUCAGAUUCUGCCUGACUACAUAUCUCUAAAAUAUUUCUGUUUCUAGCUCCUCCCUUUACCUUCCAGAUUCCUGGGUCCACUGCAACCCAGCAUAUUCUUCACAGGCUCAAAAGUAGACCCAGCCAGUUCUAUCCAGGCUCUACAUAGCCUUCUUCUCCCUCUGACACCUGAUGGAGAACCUAUCCCUUUUCAAAUCAGGCAUUAGUAAAUCUACUGUUAGAUGUAUAAUGGAUAGCUAUGCAAUGGAUGUCCAUUCGAUAGCGUUACCUAAAUAAAGGCACACACCUUUGUGUGUUUACUCUGAAGUAAGUCCAGUGAGUUCAAUGGGUUUUAAUUCCAGGGAAGUGUGCAUGAGAUCGCAGCUCUUCUUACUUUAUGCUGCAAUCCUAAAUAUACUUACUAGUAGAGAGUAAGCCCCCUUGAUCAUGGUGGAACUUACCUUUCCUCUGUGCCUUUGCAGUACAGAGAUGGAAGGAGCAUGUUGGUGGUAUAACCAGAUCUGACAUUCCAGUAAUUCUGAGGCAGACAAGGAACAUGUGUCCUGUAGGCAGGCAUGUUGGAACAAGACUUGGGCAGAUGGCCUCCUUUCUUCUAAACAGCCUCAUCAUUAAUUGGUUGUGAUAGAAAUGAAGGAGAGAUUUUCGUAUUCCACUCAGGAAGUCAAAUCUAAUGAAAGCAUUGGAUAUCUCUGGCAUAAUAGCUCAGUGUGGUAUCUUACAGAUUCCUCCCCACAAACAGAGUCUGAAAUGUUCAGGAAUUCUUUGUGUUUGGUCCGGAUUGCAGUUCCUGGGGAAGUGACCAAUUGUGUUUGUAAAAUAAUGUUACUUUAUAAAAGCUUUCUAAUGUGAGGGGAGGAAAACAGGCUUGUGGUUAAGGCAUAAAGCCAGAGAGCUUUUCGGUGUUGAUAGCCCUCAAAGCCUCCAGCUGACAAAGAAGGCUGAACCGACAGUCAAUACUAAGGUAUCUUUAUCCAGGAGUGAUGAAUAAGCCCAGCUCCAAAUCAAUUCUCCAACAGUGACUGUGUCAUGCUCAUUAACAGAUCCUAAAGAAGAUAAAUGUUUUCACUCUUACAACAAAACAACCAAUUAAAAUGUGUCAUGUAAAUAAUAAGCAUAAGUAUUGGCAUUGUAUCCAAGCCUCCUCUAUCUGGACACCAACUAUCUAAGUAAUGAAAAGAGAAAAAAAUGUUAUUCCUGGGGGGAAAUGUAGCAUUCAGAAACUUUGGUGUCACAUGGCUUACAAUUAUCUACAUGGCCUUGGGCUUUGAAAGUAAAUAGCUCUGAGGGGGGAAUUUACUGCCUUAGAGUAACGUUUGUUUUGUAUGCAUCUCAUAGGUGUCUCAGUAGCUUGUAAGCUUUAUACAAAUUACAAUAAGGGACUGAUAACAUAUAUGUUGGAUGUGUAUCUAUAUGCCUGGUGUGGAAUUCAUGUGAACAGCCAAGCUAUUUAACAGACAUGAAACAUUGGUGUUUAUAGCCCUACAUCUUGGGCUCUAUCAUCCAGCCGUGCUACUGAUUCCCUAAGACAACAUACUUCACCAGAAUUCACAUUGUUCUAGCUGUGGAACUCCUAUAGUCCUGUUCACUCUAUGAACAGAGUGAAAACACAGAAGGGGAAGCAGGACCAUAUCUACUGGCACUGUUCCCACUUGAUCCACCCUAUCUGGGUGAGUUUUAAUAGUUUCCUUAGAUUCCAAAAUACCUAAAACUCACCCAGAUGGUGAAGAAAUGGCUUGUACAAAAGCCAAUGCACAAUUGCGUUAAGAAUUGGUUGUUUGUGGCAGCUUUUCAUUCCCAUUCUUUCUGUGGAAGUAGGAGUAUGGGGCCGCUUGCUUUCUCAAUGGGUAGAUUGGACGGAUAUAUCUCAGUCCGUUCUGACAUUCCUUCACACUUUCAAGUGGCAUUUUCCAUUCCACCGCAACUGGUUUAUUUUGCAGAAGUCUUUCUUCCAUUUCAUCAUUCCCUGCAGCAGAAAGAUACAAAGUUUUACACAUAGGGCUGCACACAAAAGCUGAACCAUUAACAUACGUUAACAUAUCAGUUGCCUUCCUUGUGUGUGGCUUCCACUGAGUCCUGAACUUCUUGCUUGGCUCCUGAAUGCUUGACUUCUGCUGCUAUACCUGCUGCUGAGCCUGUACCAUUACUUGCAUGACUAGAGAGCUCUGUUUUACAUACAAGUAAGAACCUCUGCCCUUGUGUGUUGGGUGGGAGUCAGGCAUUGGCGUAGCGUGGGUUGCCAGAACCCCGGGCCAUGCAGAGGGAGGGAGGGAAAUGGGUGGAGUACGCAUGCACAUUCAACUGCCUAAUGGUGUCCAUGCCACUCAGGAGAUCACAGGAGAUAAGAAGAGUUGUUCCGUUGUCAGAAGAGGCCACUUUCUGGUUUGCAUGCAGAAGCCGUUUUCAACGGAGCCCAGAGAGGGAAGUGCGCAGCUGUACUGAGGCAGCACCAGGUGUUGAAAUUUUGCGCCCCUAACAAUUUUGUGCCUGGGACAACUGCCCCUGUGCCCCCACCCUGCACGCUAACCACUGGAGUCAGGACAGCAAUCCAUAUCAGGGGAUUCUGUUUUGGUCCAAUUGUUCACCCUUUCUGCUCCCAGGGAUGAAUGACCUCUGGAUGGUGGAGACAGAAGUAUAUUCAGUAUCAUGGUGUGAGAGAAGAAGGCAUGUAGUAAGGCGGCUGCAGACAAUUAAGCAGAGCCGGACAAAUGCUGGCUCAGAGGAAAUGGUCUCUUCCCCUCACUCGGAAGGGGUUAGAACUGUGCAUUUUGAUGCCGGACCUUGAGGGGGUAGGAGGUGUGAAAUGGAGAGAGACGAAGCCAGUGAUCCUCAGAAUUAUGACGGUUGCCUGGGGGACUGUCCCCCCUCCCUCAAAGAAAAACAAUGUAAACAUGCUGGUAUUUUAGGCUGUGCUGUGCAGGAAAUGUGAAAGAACUGUCAGAACAAUAGCUAGAUUCUACUAGGAGUUCAAACACAGCAAAGGCAUAUUUCUGCUCAUUGCUAGCAGGGCUUUAGUAUCUCGUCUGCAAAAUGUAGGGUGGGGAGGAGGCCCCACUCUCAAAGAUGACUGGAGCAGUCAGAAAAGUCAAGCUACUUGCUUGGGCUGGUGUCAAUUGUCAAAUGUUAGAGUGCCUCCAGACUCAUGAUUUUGAGUAAGGGAUUCAAGUGCCUGCUGAAAAUUUAGGUUUCUUCAGUUAAAGUGGAUUAAAAUCCUCUGUCACCCUACCAGAACAUUUCCUCUUAAAAAACAACACAGAGAGAGACUUUUUGUGGUUAGGGAUGUACUGAAAAGUUUGGGGUGAACACAUUAUUACAGGGGAGAUGUAUUAGCACUCCACAAGAAAAUCAGAAUCAAUGCCCAUUGUCAUAUAACAACCCCACAAGCAAAUCAAAAUGAAUGCUCAAUAAACAGUGGACACAAUCUAACCACAGUGCAAGGUUUGUGCAAGCAAAUCAAGGUGAAUGCUCAAUAAACAGGUUGUCUGAAGGAGCCCUUAGUUAUACUUAGAUCUCCCAACAUAGCUGAAGCUGCUACUGUUUUAAAAAAUAGAAAAAGAGGUUCAUCCAUUAUGGAAGGCGUUAUGGAGAACACAGAAGAAUGGAAAAUUCUUAUUUUUUUCCUUCCACAUAGCUUAAAUGUGGUAUCUCAUUGUCAGUGUCAACAGAAAACUUGAAAGGAGUUAGCAAUUUGUUGCAGAGAAUGCAGGAUUAGGCAACUAGGCUGGAGGUGUCAUCUGUUGUACAGAUAUAAAAGAGUGCUUCUAUGUGGAAAGAUUUUAUGUUGUGCUCUCUGUUUUACACUCCAUUAAAAAUUCCCUACAGGUAAAUGCUGGUAACUCCUCUUUAGUAAAUUAACAUGGUAGCAAAGGAAAGGACUGUUUUCUCACUGGGAUAUUUUGAAAUGCUAAUAGUCAGCCUAGUGUAAGGGUCAGACUAAAUAUACUUUGUAAGAAAAAUCAUACGGUCACAGACCUCACUAUGAUGAGAAUGUAUUGUUUUUAAUUUGAAUUAUAGUGAUUAGUUCUAUAUUUCCAUCUAAGCAUAUAAAGUAGCAUAUUAAUUUUUUGUGCAAAUACGUUUGUGGCCUUCAGGGGGGUGUACCCCACCUUUAGGUAAGGUGAAUGGUACAAAAAGUUUUGGUCCUAACCAAGGACUGGGAGAGACUCUGUUGCAGGCAAAAAAAAAUGUAUUGUAUCUGCUCAAGCUUUUCUUGUUACUAUCAAUCCAACAAAAACAAAAAACAAAACAAAACAAAAGUGGAUCAGAGUCAUUAGCUGAAAGUACCUUAAGAUUGCAAUCUUAUGCACACUUACUUGGGAGCAAGUCUCACUGAAUUCAAUAGGACAUUUUUCUGAUCUGAGUAGACAUACAUGAUUGCAUUGCUAGUCAAUACUAGUUAUUAUUCCUCACAUCUGCUGCAUUUUAUUCCAGAAGAUUAAAUUUUCAGACUAUGGAAAAAAGGACUGGAAGUAAUGUUAACCAUCACUCAAGUGUCAAAGUUGACCAUUUAAAAAAUGUUGAUUAAGAUGUGUGAAGUGCAUUUUGAAGGACAGCUGAUAGCAGGGUAAUGUCGUCCUGAAAAGACCUUAACAAAUAUAAAUUUCAGUAUGGUAAAUAGCUGGCCAAUUUGAGACCAGUCAUCUCAAGUUUCCUAUGCUGUAAAUCUGCUGUUCCAUUUGCAUUUGAUGAGAAAAACAACACAGGGCUUGAUUUGUGCAUUUCCAGAUCGAUUGACACUGAAGAUGCAGUGGGAAGCCUAGCUGGAGAGCUUGCUGUAAUGGAAUGCAAUUUUUUUUAAUCUGUGAUUUACUGAUCUUAAAAAGGUUUCUAAACUAAAAGAAGCAUGAAAAUGCAUCAAUGCUAACAUUUCCUCUCCCUUGGUGCUUCCUGGCAAUUUGUAGCUAUGCUUGCUAUUAAUAUUUCCUUUGCUGGAGCUACAUACACAGAGUGAUGCUGUGUAAGGCUGGGAUGUUAUGACUGAAAGCUGCCAUAUGGCUAGUUUUAAAGCAAUUUGACCUUUUCCCCUCCAGGUUUUUGAUUGUUGCAAUUAAAGAGUCAACUCAGAUGCUAGACCUGUGAUAAGUGUACAGGUUUAACAUGUGCAUACUCUGAAAUGAUGCAGUACAUGCAGUUUAGCUGUGCAGUAAGAGACUGAACAUUUGUUUUGUCAGUUACUACUGAAACCCUUUUAAUUUAACCACAGUAUAAAUAUUAAUUCUUGCUUCUACAUCCUACAGUUAUAACUGCUGCUAUAUUGUUGUAGUUAGGAAGAAGCCAUUGUUACAUCUGACAGUUUUGAUUUUAUUGCUGAAAUCUUUCCUCUUGGAUAUGCCAGAAUACUGUAGAUUCAGUGGAACUCCGCUAGGUCUUUGCAGUUUCUGAUAUCAGUUGUAAGUGUAAUUUCUUUGAAAUACUUCACUAGUGUUUGGCAAUUAGUGGGGUUCCCAGCAGUGUCUUCCCAAUUUCCCAAUAAUGCUAGUGCUGGCUGUGGCUGGCUGUGGCCUCCAGUCAGGGCUGGAUUUAUGGUAGGUUUGAUGAGGCCCUAAGCUACUGAAGGUAAUGGGGCCCUUUAUAUGUCCAGCUGUCCUUUGUCAACAACAAAUUGUCGCUGUUUUUUUGUGUUGAAUAUAUGCUAUAUAGUAAUUUAUGGACCUAAUAGGUAUCUAAAGCCAUUUGCACAUGUUGCCAUGCAACCAGUCCAUGCAGAAUGUAGGCACCCUAUAUAUAGAAAUGAGCAAACCAGUGAUAUUUUAGGGAGCAGGCUAGCAGGCGGGGCCCAAUACUUACACCAUAGGAGCCUACACAACACAAAACACUGUUGCUGUAUGCAGGUUUUAUUUUAUUUGGUUUUUAUCUUAUAUUUUGGAAACGUACAUCCGGUUUGGUUUUUUCCCCCUUUAAUUUUUUGGGGGGUCCCAAGUGAGUGGAGCCCUAAGCUACAGCUUGUUUAGCUUAUACGUAAAUCUGGCACUGCCUCCAGUGGCCACAAGUGAUGCCCGUGAGCCAUCUCAGAUGAAGGAAGUGUGUCUUGCUGCCUGCCAAUGGUUAUUGAAACCCCAGCUGCCUAACCUAAGUCAUAGGGUUGUUGUGUGAGAAUAAUAUGAAACAAGCAAGUACAGUGUAUGCCACUCUAAGUGCCUGGUUGAUGAUGAUGAUAAUGAUAAUGAUAAUGAUAAUAAUAAUAAUAAUAAUUUAUUAUUUAGACCCCUCCCAUCUGGCUGGAUUUCCCCAGGGAAAAAAGGAUAUAAAUAUAAUAACACAAAAAACAAAAUAUAAAUAAAAUGCCACCAUAACACAAAGAGUAUCAUUUGCACAUAGAAGGACUCCAGGGCAGGAUCUACACUGACCUGUUUUACGUUAUUAGAAUGAUAUUAGAUAUAUCAUUCUAAAAUGUCACAGGGCAUACUUGUAAAUUAAGUGUUUCUUACCUUUGGGGUUGUUUUUGUGAAAACGCAGUUUCCUUACUGCCAAUUGCUGGUUGCUUUGUAGUGCCCUCUGGUGUCACAUUUUAAUCACACAUUAUGAACGUUAAAAGUUAGGAUGUCAUGUGUCCACCUGCAUUAUGAAAACCAUUCCUUAACCCUUCCUUAACGUGAAAAACCAGGAGUGUAGAUCUACCUCAGGUUCAAUUUCUGUCCUUUCCAGGUAGGAGGCUCUCAGGCAGAAGGACUAGGCAAGACGUCUUCUAGGCAGAAAGGCUAGGCAAGAUCUUGAGAGCUGCUGCCACUCGGAGUACAGUAAAUAGUAUUGGCUUGGGACCAGUGACCUGACUUCAUAUGUAGGGCAAGCUUCAUAUGCAUAGGCGUCUAUCUAGUUAAGCCCCUUAUUUCACAGAAGACUGUUCAAUCCAUUGGUGGCUUCCAUGAACAGAAGCAGGGAAUGGUUGAGCUGAUUCACCCUUCCAACUGCAGCCACAUCCACUGUGAUCCACCCCUCAGAUGGGAAACUCUCCAGAAUAGUGUGGGAAGUUGUGAAGGGGACUGUAAAAGAGUGGGAGAAUUUGAGGGAGGAAAUCACAUUCCAUUCUCUGUUUGUGGAUGUCUCCACUGGAGCAAAAAGUAUUCAAUGAACAAAGGGGAGCAAUUGGAUUCAACUCAAUCUAUUGAUUUAAAAUAAGAAUAUUUAGCAACCAGGUAUUGUGUGUGCGUGCUCACACACAGAGAGAGGGAGGGAGGGAGGGAGAUGUUUUAAAAGUGGCCCCGCUUGAAGGCUUACAUUCUAAUGGCACGCAGACAAACAUUAAAAAGAGAGAAGGAGAAAGUGAGUAAUGAUAUUUUACCUGCAAUUCCAGUUUCUGUGUAUUAUGUCACACUACGUGUAUUCAGGUGUUGGUGCAUGGUGAAUAGAAAUACUCUUGUAACCUGCUCCAUAGAUUUAUUUAUUUUUCUGCAAAGGUAUAUUGUCCACAAUGGGGGGUGGGAAAUUAUGCUGACAUGAAACUGAUCUAGAUUGAGCUUUUGUCUACUGAUCUUACCAUAUUUUUCUCUUUAAUUUACACAGCAUGACCCAUAUAGUAAAUGGUUGAGAAGAGCAACAAUUAUGGUUGAUGUGAGAUACACACACACACACACACACACACACACACACACACAUAUAUAAAACACACAUUUUUUUAUGCCUCUUUCAAGUCUCACCAUUCCAGCAUUGCCCAGGGACCCUUUCUCUGCUGACUGAUCCCACCAAAUUCUAUUAACUGCUCGCUUUUUGUUUUUAAAUUUAAUGGACCACUUUUGAAGAUCUAGAGGAAUUUUAAUGCAGAUGGGAAUAUAUACGUGCAAUUGCUGCGGCUCAGAUUUGCCACCUAGCUGGUUUUAUGAACUGUUGGGUGUUUUUUAAAGCUUGCUUGCGUCUUACACAGUGGGCAGUUUUACGUUUCUUGAUUUAGAUUGAUAACCCAUUCUAUCCUAAGGGCUCUAGGUGGAUAGCAAUAAUACCAGCGCAGUAACAAAGCAAAACGCUGCCUCUAAGGCAUUGCAAUCUAAUCAAUUAAUAGAGCGAGCUAGCAAGGAAAAAGGAGGUUUCAAAAAAGUAGGAACACAUUUAAACAUGCUGUUUAUAAAUAGAUUUUUAUAAAAUUUGAGAAAUUGUCCCUUUACACUUGCUUUCGCUUGUUUCUGUUAUUUGCUUGUUUCUGUUAGCAUCCAGCACUGGACUCUCAGAGCUUGUCUACAUCUGAGCAUUAUUUAGCUGUUAAUUUGCUUCCCCUGCCCCAUUCAGAUUAGAAUGGAAUAAUCCACACCCACGUAUUUGAAUUUGUAUAUACAGUGGUACCUUGGGUUACAAAUGCUUCAGGUUACAGACUCCACUAACUAACCCAGAAAUAGUACCUCGGGUUAAGAACUUUGCGUCAGGAUGAGAACAGAAAUUGUGCAGCGGCGGCAUGGCGGCAGCGGGAGGCCCCAUUAGCUAAAGUGGUACCUCAGUUUAAGAACAGUUUCAGGUUAAGAACGGACCUCCAGAACGAAUUAAGUUCUUAACCUGAGGUACCACUGUAAUGAACAACUUUGGUCUUUCCUAUUCAUACCAAUAGGCAUUCUCUUUUGUGUUUGGCCCCACCAUCUACUAUUAUGCUAAUUAAAUAUUGACAGGGAGUACACACAGAUAGCUCUGCAGUAUCAUGUUAUUUUUCUUUGGAUCCCUCAGAAUUGCACAAAAGCAGAAAACGGCACAAGCAAGCAACGUUAAAAAAAUUAUUUAAUGAGCUUUACUUCUGCAGCUUUCUGGUUUUGUGCAAAACCUGAGGAAUCAGGGGUGGGGAUGUUUCUCCAUCAAGCGUUCUGGAAAUCAGGAGCACAGCUGCAAAAAAUUGGAAAUUCUCAGUAUAAAUGUUUCAAAUUAACCUGCUGCACAGUGUCUGGUGUGGGAAUUUUUAUGUGGUUUAAUGCGGUUUGCGUUUGCAGUAGUCUGAUUUUAUGCAAAUCUGAGGGAUCAAAGGAAAUACAUAUAUAGUUUCGGACUGCGUGGAAAUUGUUACAAGCACAGCUGGAAAAUACAUGAAAGCAAUGAGCGGAUAGUUGGAUAAUCCACAUAUGGAGUAAACCUGAAUUUCUAAAUAGUGGCACACCAUCUCUGGAAUGCUCUCCACAGGGAGGAUCACCUGGCACCUACUCAUGUCUUUUCAGCACCAAUCAAAUGGUUUAUUUUCCUAGGUGCCUUUAAAUGUAGGUUGAGCGGGUGUGAAUUCUGUGUUUUUACUACUCUGCUGCUGUUAAUUUGUCAUUGCAGUAUUUGUUAUUAUUUGUUUGUUUUAUUAUUUUUAUUUGUAACCUUCCCCGGCUGUGACAACACUGAAAGGCAGGGUAAAAAUUCCUAAAUAAAUGAACAUCAGUGUGAUGGAGAAGGUGGAGAGGGUGGGUAACAUGUACUUUCUACUCUACAGUCUACUCUGUUCCUUGACAGCUAAAUCUGGUCAACUGAAAGGUCAAUUGUUCUAUAACUUUUAUUUCUUUCAUGGACCUUAAUCUGAGAGUGCCUUAUCCUCUAUUGACAUUUGAUUGAGUGCAUGAGAUUUAGAGUUGGGUGAGCAUCUCCUUGUGACUAAUGCUCCUUGCAAAUUUUGACACUUUCCCCAUUGAAUCAUUCUCUAGGAAUACAUUUUCCCAUUAGUCAAGCAGCCCUAAUGAAAAUGUACUCCAGCUAAUGGGCCUAUUUUCCUUUUUGCAUUGAAAUUCAAGUCAUCAUCCCAUUUUGGCCUCCCCUCUUGGUGAUGUGGGAUUGAAAAAUAGUAGAUUCAACCUUUCUGAAGGUGAAAGCUAAGAUGGGAUUUAAACAAAAAUAAAAUAAAAAUCAGGCCACUCAGGAUACCCCAAAACUCUAUGUUGCAUUACUUAAGGGAUCAAAGGGACUUUUAACAUUUUACCAGCUAAAUGUUCCGUGUUUUUAUUAAAUAUUUUACUGAGUACAUGCAAACCCUCCAACAUGUCGCAGUGAAAAACUGGGCUGCAAGUCUUCCAGGGCCAUGCUCCCAUGUGAGUCACAUGACAUGCGAGAUCACAGCCCUGAAAGACGUGCUUUUUUCAGGGCUGUGCUCUCAUGGCACCCCAAACAUGUGUUUGGGGGUGCCAUGCAAGUUCGCAGCCUCCCCCAAAAAAAUUCUUUCAGGAGGUGAGAUCCCGGCACCCAAAAACAUGUGUUUUGGAGUGCAGUGCUCUCACGCAAGAAAAGAGGGAUGUGGUAUGCACCUCAAAGUAGAGCCUAGAGCAGGAAAUAUGCCAAAGGGGGCAAUAAAAAAGAUGGGAGUCUGUAGCUACAAGGAAAACUUGCAAAAUUUGGACUGUUGCGGAAAGGGAACAUGUUUCAGAUGUGUAAAGUUAUGCAUGGUGUGAAUAGAUAUAUGUUUUCUUCCUCUCUCACAUCGCUGGAAACCAGAAUCAUCCAAUGAAGCUGAAAGAUGGAAGAUUCAGAGCAGACGAAAGAGAUACUUAACAGUUAAACUAUGGAAUUGGGAUUAGACAAAUUGAUGGAGCAUAAGACUAUUAAUGCCUUCCUGUCAGUGUGGCCACUCACUACCUCCAGGAUCAGAUGAGUGGCCACUAUGGAAAAAAGGAUACUGAACUAGUCUGGUCAUUUUGUUUGAUUUUAUGUUCUGAUGCCUAGGAAAUUUGCUGGAAAGUGGCAGGGGAGGAAGCAGCAGAGACUCUCCAUAGCUUUCCCUUCUUCCUGCCCAAAUCACUUUUUGGAGCUAAUUAUUAAAACCCAGGCUUGAGCUUUAUCAGUGGUGGCAACUAGGGAUGGAGGAGAAAUUUGUUUCAGUUCAUAUUAUCAGAUGUUCCCUUGCCAAAACAAUUUGACAGUCAGAACAUGGGCAUCCUUAGGAAUUUUCACUUAUCUGAAUUCUGUGAUGCGGUUUUCCAACCAAACAAUGUUUACAAAUAUGCAUAUAUUCAGGGAAAGUGCACAUAGAAAUUAAUACAGUGGUACCUUGGUUUACAACCAUAAUCUGUUCCAGAGGUCCAUUUGUAAACCAAAAGAGGUUGUAACCCAAGGUGCGCUUUCGCCAGUGGGGCCUACCAAAAAAAUUUGUUCGUAAUCCCCCAAAAAUGGGCUGUAAUCCAAAAAAAAGGUUGCAAACCGGGACACGCACUUCCGGGUUUGACGUGCUUGUAAUCCAAAACGUAUGCAAACCAAGGUACCACUGUACAGAAGUGAAAAUAACAUUCAAGUAUGCAUUGCAUUAGGGAAAAUUGCUUGAAGAAAGUGGUCAUUAGCCAAAAUCUCGCACAAAAAAUAUUUUAUUAGGAGAAAUUUGCACUAUAGUGCUGAUUGAUUUUCAUGAGGAUUAUUUAUUUACUUAUUUAUUUAUAUAUAUAUAUAUUAAAAAUGCAGCAUGCUGCAGAAAUGUGGAGAACUUCAUUUAAGAAUGGGAAAAUGAGAAGCAUUGAGAACCAAAACGGAUGAUCCUCCCAUCUCUGGUGGGAAAUGCUUGUAUAAUGUGGGGGAUCCUGUCAUAGCUAAGGCUACCAGAUUUUGUUUCCAGUGACUAUAUAUUCAGUUCAGAGCACUACUCAAGGCUGAGGAAAUGGGGGACAGAUGGCUCCACACAGGAAGCCACACUUUCAUGAAAUAAGUGCAACCAGUUUUGUAGCACUGCAGCAUUACAAAGAUGUAGAACAUUGAUACAAUGAUAUGCACAUAGUCCUCGGAACUUUGGUUCACCUCUUUGUUUUGCUUCUCUCCCCCUUCUUCUUUAGGGCUUCAUGGAUAUCGACUUAGGGAAAUUCAAGGAAAGUGGUGCAAAUGUGACUGGAUUCCAGCUGGUGAAUUAUACCGACACCAUCCCAGCCAGGAUCAUGCAACAGUGGAAGAGCAAUGAUGCCAGGGAACAACCUCGUGUUGACUGGAAGAGGCCAAAGGCAAGUGGUACUGAAAACCGUUUCUCUGAGGUAGCCUUAGUGCUGCCCUCUUAUCAUUAACAUGCUUUCCAUUUGAAAUCAGAAACUCAAAGUUUUAAUGUUUGCACCAAAUCACAACAAACUUGUUGGUCAGACGACAUUUUGCUUGCUUAAUCAAGAGAGGACCCCCGUGUGAUAUAAAAAGAAGAAGACUUGAACAACCCUUCAUUGAUUUAAAUCAUGUAUAUACUGCUCAACAUUGAAGUUUCUAAGUGGUGUACAGUAAUAUUACAAAAAAAUAAUAAUACAGUGGAUAGAAUCAAUUAAAAUUAAUCACAAAAAUAGAAAGAGGAAAAUGCCUGCUGAAAUAUAAAGGUAUGUAACAAGUGCCUGGAAUUCAGCUGGGAGGGGCCUGAGUAAUCUCAGCCAGGAGGGAGUUACACAGAAUCAGGCCCAUGAUACUGAAUGCAUGGCUUCUGGGCGGCAUGAGCCACUUAUCUAAGUCAUGGGGGACCACUAACAGAAACUCUUAGAAGAGCUGCUUCAGACUGGAAUAGGGGGCGAAACAGCUUCAGUUGGUUUUUGUUUCUGUAAGAACAAAGUACUAUAUGGCAGAGUAAAAUAGUUCUGUCAGGGACUGGACUGAUGAGGAAUGGUGGAGACCGCCCCCCCCCCCCCCGCAUCUCCCAGGACAGUAUAGCUUUACAACAGUGGUUUGCAGAAAGUCAUGGCACUGAGACAGAAGAGAGGCAAAGCUGGGAGAUAAUGGGGGAAAGAGAGGGGAGGAGAACCAGAGCCAGAGCAGCUGGCUGACACAUUAUCACUAGAAAGCAUUCCAACCCCCAACCCCCCUUCUCCCAGAACCUGGCGACCUGUGAAAGUGGUAGAGCGGAAAGCGAAGAGGCAAUUGGCCUCAAACAGCCACCGUAAAGGGGGUGGCACUGCUGAUGACUGAGAGGGAAAGGGGGGGAGGAGAUUACUCAGAGCAACACCAUUACUCGAGAGGCGACAUUUCUAAGCCUCUCUCUGUGAAUAAAAAACUUUGGUAAGAGCUUCUUGUAUCUCUAUUACUGGCAGCCUGCCGUGAGGGAGAGGGAUCAGAUUCCCUGAAGCCUGACAAUUUCUAGAAGUACUGCCUUUUGAAAUAUAUACAGUAUAUAGCUAUAUAUCUGUAUACCUAUACUGUAUAUAUACAUCCUGGCACACAAGGAAUCUUUUGGACAUAUAUUUGGCUUUGUGAAUCAAGCAUACUUCCUUUUCUAAAACAAUAUUAGCUGAACUCCCGCAUCUCUGGGCUUCUGUUUUGCUGCUAGGAGAGAGAAUAUGUCAGACUGACAACCCAAUUCUAAACACGUUUACUUGGAAAAAUGAUUCCACUAGGUUGCAUUUCCAAGUACUGGUAAGCAGAAUUGCAAGCUUAAAGUAAUUUGCUUGGCCUGGGAGGAAAGACAGGGUAUAAUUUUUUUUAAAAAAUGUGCAUAGUGAAAUACUACUGUUUGGGAUCAUGCUCCAUGGCUAUGUCCAUAAUUGUUUAGUUUUGAAUUAAAGUGUUCAAAAUGUAAACCUUUUUUAAAAACAGCAAUAACAAUUUUCAAGCAUAGCAUUCUAUCAGAUCUCCAGCUCAGCUCUGUGCCUUUCCUUCUGGUACAUCAUUUCUUCAUGUACAACAUAAGUUCCUCCUAACCAUGAAGUCCAAGACAUUAAAAUCUAAAAUUGAAAUGAAUACCAGCAGGGGGUGGGCUUCCAAAACUGGAAUUAAGUUGGGUCUACAAAUCACAGGAUAUGAAACCAGCAAGUCUGAAACCUCCAAUCCUCUGGCCAAAUUUGGAUCAACACAGGUCCCAAUUUGGCCGACGAGGCUGUUUCUCCCAAAUCAUACCACCUUGCCCUACACAUGUCAUCAGGCGUGGGGCAAGUAUCAACACAGCUGGAUUGGCAGCUGAUCCCUUCAGAAAUCAAGGUUGAAAUCACUGCCCAACGUUUACUUGGGUAAGUCCUACUGACCUCAGUUGGCCUUACAUCUGAGCAGACAUUUGCAGGAUUGUACUGGACAUCAGUCAAAGCCAAGCAUAUAGGCCUAGUCUUUAGCUCAAACGACAAAGUCUCAUGCAAUUGUUCUUUUAAUUACAAAGUACCUGAUCCUAGCUUGCUGACAUAUUCCCACAAUAUUUUCAUUUGAACUGAUACUAGUGAAAGCCCAUUCAAACUGCAGCUUGAAAUUAAAUUCUGUUAAAUUAGCUUUAAUUUGUAGGUUCCUCUUUUGGAAAAAGGAGCAUGAAUUUCCAAGUUUCCAGCCCUAAUAGGGAGGACAUAUCUUUUUUUCUGUUUUCUAGUACACAUCUGCUCUUACGUAUGAUGGAGUUCGAGUAAUGGCAGAAGCUUUUCAGAGUCUCAGGAAACAGCGGAUUGACAUCUCUCGCCGUGGGAAUGCGGGGGACUGCCUAGCAAAUCCAGCUGUCCCUUGGGGACAAGGGAUUGACAUCCAGAGAGCUCUGCAACAGGUCAGAAAGCCAACUGUGGUGCAGAAUCUGUUAUUUUUCAAUGAGAAGUCUUUCAAAUAUGCAAAAAACAUCCAGUUGUCCCUUUACUUCCUUAACAUUGGCAUGAUACAAUCAGUAUUUUAUGGAAUGCAAACUGGACGCAUCCUGUUGAAUCAUUAACAGCCAUGAACACUGAAAAUUUACAGUGAGAUUGAAGAUCCAAAGUUGAGUGGUAAACUUUGACCUGCCAAUUUAGGAAAAUAAAACUUGAAAAAGAAAAGACCACCAAAGACAUUUGGAGAGAAAUGCAUUUCCAUGGAAGUCUUGUUCAUAAGCUCACCAAACUUUAUUUCCAGUCCUCCAGAAAUCUUUAAUGAGCAUAGGUAGCUAUGAUCUCCAUUUUUAUACACCAGUAGGCACUGGCUGUGUCAAAUGUGCAGGAAUAGCAUGUAGUGGAAUAAUUCCGGGAUUAUACAAUUUCACACUGCUGAGUGUGGAUGACAUGUUUGAAUGUUCUCUGUAAAUGAAACAUAUCAGAGAUAAGGCUAAGUAAGUCCCCUUCUCCCUUAACUCAGGGGCGAAGGAAGGGGGUUCAGUGGGGGCGGGCCGUCCUGGUAGUCACCACUGAGGGGGACGACAAAAUGCUGGUGGCACUCACCACAGGGCCUGCAGCGCACCCAAGCCACAUGUCUCUCCUGGGAGUGACGCAGUGGCUUGGGCACUCACAGGCUCCACGUUGCCCCAAAUGGUCCACCCGCCGCCUCCCUCUCAGCUGUAGGAUGGCUGAGUGGGAGGAGGCAGGCAGACUCCUUGGAGGCCCUGCGGAGCAUCCUGCCCUGGCUCGCCGCGGGUGGCUGGCCCUGCCCCUGGGCACAGGCACCCACGCACACCGCCCCAGGUGCCCAAUCGGCUUGCUCCGCUGCUUCCUUGACUUGCUAGGUUUUCCACUGUUUUACUGGAUAAGAGAGACUCUGCUGAAGCAGAGUAGCUUUCCCUUUUCUUCUACUACACAGUGAUUUAUUAUCUGUGUUAACAUCAUUGUGCAUCACUAUAUAAUUCUGCAUAUCCAUGAUGCAUGGAAUCAAUAGAGACUGAGUACUUGCUUGUUUCUGUGUGGUCCGUGUGCGAUCUAAACCUAUAGCAUAGCUUUUGCUCUUGAAAAGUGCUUCCUAAAAAACUGGUUUUGUUCUGAAAAUAAAAGUGCAUUGCAGGUUGAUUCUGUAUUAUCCUGAAAUGUGUCCAUUGGAAAACAGAUGUAGGUAGUCCUGGCAGUGGGGGAUGUAUCCACACCUGCCCAAUAUUAUGGGUGGGUGUUUACUAAGACCUCAAUCAUCACUUCUUUCUUCAUUCACCUGGGGCAGAAGCAGGGAGGAAAAGGUGUAGAUAACCUAAUCAAGCAGGUGGUGGGGUCAAAUGCAUGUAAAUAACCACACCUAUUCUUCUAGACGACAAGAUGUAUAAUCAAUUGACAUUGAAGACAGCAUGUUGAAUAUGAGCAUAAAUUAUUCUGGAUUGAGAAUGACUACAUUUUUGUGCUAGGAAUGAGUUAGUGUGUACACAGCCCUACUGUAUCUUUCACUGAUGGAAUUCUAACCCAUUGUACAUAACUAGCCGAGCUUGCAGAACCAAUCAAAUCAUGAUAAUUUUGUUAUCUGGAUCACCUUGCCAGGUAUUAAGGAGAAUUCUACUAAGACACCAGGUGGAAAUGUAUAGGAACGUUUCUCCAUAUCCACUCUUUGCAAUGCAGUUAGGACUGAGAAGCAACCUUGUCAGUUUAGAUAUUGCCAUAUCCAGAUUUGGUAUACAAAGAUCUUGAUACACUCAUAUGCGGGUUUGAUCUGAUGUUAAAGAUUUGGCUGGAGGAAAAAUACCUAAAGUCCAUAACAAACUUUAUCUUUUAACAGAUUCCUGUAUUUUUUUUAAGGUGCGCUUUGAAGGACUGACUGGUAACGUCCAGUUUAAUGAGAAAGGACAUCGGACCAAUUACACCCUUCAUGUGAUUGAAAUGAAACAUGAUGGGAUCAGAAAGGUAACGGGCUACUUUGUCUUUGAAAACAGAAGAGAGUAAUCUUCGAACUGCAACUUGUUUUUAAGAACAUUUCUUCUCGAAAGUUAGCUUCUGUUGCGAGAAAUAUAUACGAGUAAAUUUUGUCUGGAUGAAUCUGUCUGCUUAUGAGCUGUGUCACUUCUCCAUGUUUUUAGCCACAAUUCCAUUCUGUUUCGUUUCCACAUUAAUCAAACUGUGAUUCAUUUUUUAUCCUAUCAGACUACAUAACUUAAAUGCUUAUUUUCAUAAAUAUUGUAAUCUAAAUUUUCUCCAGAAGCAGCGGGCCAUGAUUCUAGCUUUCUGGCAGUGGUGUUGCUGCUGCUUACUAGGAGGGAGAGGGGCAAGAUUGCAGAAAGGCUGGGACUCUGUGGGCACAUGGGCAGAGCCAAUCUGGUGCUCUUCUCAGGGCAGCUACACAGCCCUGACCUCCCUGCUGCCUCACCCCUCUUCCUUCCAGUAAUCAUAAUCAUAAUUUAUUAUUUAUACCCCACCCAUCUGGCUGGGUUUCCCUAGCCACUCUGGGCGGCUUCCAACAGAACAUUAAAAACACAAUAAAACAUCAAACAUUAAAAACUUCCCUAAACAGGGCUGCCUUCAGAUGUCUUCUAAAAGUCAGAUAGUUGUUUAUUUCUUUGAAAUCUGAUGGGAGGGCAUUCCACAGGGCAGGUGCCACCAUCAAUAAGGCCCUCUGCCCGGUUCCCUGUAACCUCACUUCUCGCAGUGAGGGAACCGCCAGAAGACCCUCAGAGUUAGACCUCAGUGUCCGGGCUGAAUGAUGGGGCUUCAGUGACACAGCUACCAAGAACCUAACAUUGCCACUUUGCGUCACUGGGAAAGCUGCUUCUAAUUUUCCCUCAAAAGGAUUUUAUUACAUUUAAAGUGCUGAGAAUUCUGAUGCAAAAUUCAGAGAACUGUGGUAGAUAGCUUUGUUCUAAUCCAUACCAUAGUCUGAGAGGUGAAGAUUUUGUGUAGGAGUUUGCAAGGCAUUUUUUUCCUCUGUUGGGAAAAUAUGCAUCAAUUCAAUUUUUACGUACAACACGGUUAGGAGAGUGAAUUACACCAGAGGAAUCUAAUCUUACAUUAAUUAUUUCACCACCACAUGCCGGUGCUGAAGCAGGAAAGGCAGGGCCCCAUCAGAACCAGGAAUAAAUUGAAAAGGCCCAUAUAUGUUUCCAUCAACAUAAUAACACCAUUAUAUGUGCUCUUUGUAAAAUAUGUCAUGAUUUUGCUGCCAUGCCUUUAAAGUGUCAGGGUCAACAGAAAACUUAGAGAGUGAUUUAUUUCUCACCAUGCUUUAGAGUGGGUAUUCUCACUAGUAUUACAUUCCAGUCAUUUUGGAAACUAUCUUUAUGUCACAGAUAUGCUAUAAUUUCUUUGUCGUCAUUAGAUUGGCUAUUGGAAUGAAGAUGAAAAACUUGUCCCAACAGCCGUAGAUCAACAAGGAGCAAACGAAACCACAACUCUACAGGAUAGGGUCUACAUUGUUACAACUAUUCUAGUAAGUAUCUCAGCAUCCUUACGUCCACAAUGGGAGUGGAAAGGGUGGGGGUGGGGAUAAAGAGAGAAGAAUGAGAGCAAUGAUCAGUGAAGGUAUCUUUGAGAAGGUAGGUGAAUAACAUGGAAAGGUAAUCUUAGUCGUUGAAUCACUUGAUAACCAGGUCAAAAGAUGAAAUCUAUGAGUAAAUAUGGCUGUAAACAUUUCCAAGCUUUUGAGGUGGGUAGGGGGAAAGUUAAUUACUGCAAAAAAAGUAUAGAUCAAGGUGCACCAUUAUUUAUUACAGCAAACUAUUCCCAUGGGAAUAGUUAUUUAUUCAUUUAUUUGCUUGCUUGCUUGCUUGCUUGCAACAUUCUUAGGCUAUCUUUAAGGAUGGCACCCUCUCAAAGCAGCUUGCUGAAUAAAAUAAUGUGUACCCUCCCAGAAAAAACCAACCACGAUUAACUUAGGUUCCUUAAUUUCAGUGAGUCUACUCUGAGUCAGACUUAAUUGGACACAACCUAUCUAAUAUGAACUACCAUUGUGCUCUAGCAUUGCAAAAUCAGUGGGAAGAACUGGAAUCUAUCCAAAUCUUGUAACGAAUUUUUAAGCUCUUGAACAGAUUCCCAUAUCGGCAUGAGGAUAUUGUAAUUUGUAGAGAAAUGCAAACGGUGUAGAAUGUUCUGUCCUCAUUUGCCAUGAUUAUGGAAAUUGCUGCCCAAUGCUGUCUAGGAUCCUGUGAUUCGCGUGUUGCAUUUGCCCAUGUCUCGGAUGUACAGCGAUUCAUCUUGAGUCAGCCAACUAGAUUCAUAAUUUGCAUUCUCUUUCCAAUAUGCAUCAUGGUUAGGACUGAUUUUACAGUUGGCAUGGCUAAACUGCUAUUUCCUCUGUCAUUAUUGGUGACUUCUGCUAUGAUGUGUCUCAAAACUUUAAAGGGCAUUGCUUCAUUAGCUGGGAUAUUUGUUCUAUGUAUUGGGAGCGCUGCAAGGAAGGCUGAACGGUCAGGCAGCUAAAGCACCAUCCUCAUGUUUUGGGAGUAGCAGCUGCCAAGCAUCUGAAAGGAAGAAGCCAUGGACAUGGCUUUGAUCUAUAAAGUACUGGUUAUGACCAGUAAAGCCCUGUAUGCUUCAGAACCACAAUAGUUAAAGGACUGCCUUUCUCCAUAGAAACCUACCCAGACCUGAAAUCAGCAUCUGUGACCCCUCCAAGAGAUGUCCAAAGGGUAUUAACCAACAAAUGGGCCUUUUCUGUGGUAGUUCCUUGAUUAUGAAAUGCUGCCCUCCAAGGAAGCUCGCCUGGUGCCAACCUUCUUAUUUCCCCAGGCAUGUGGAUGAUACAAGUGGUCUGGCUUUUAGGAGCUGUUUCUGCUGGGUCUUCUUGCAUGGGGUGUGUCUGGAUAUUGUGUGUUUCAAGUAAUUUUAGGUGGACACUUUAAUAUGUCUUUAUUGUUUUUCUCAAUAUCUAAUGACACAUUUUUGCAUUUCACUUUUUUAUAAAUUACUGUGGGACUCCUUUCACUUGAAUGAAACAAUAGGUACACGAAACAGGUACUUGAAACAAUAGAUAAACGAAACUCAAAACUAAAGAUGAGCUACACCCACAUCAGAGUCCUCCCAAAGAUAGAUAGGAAACUGAUCCUUUCAUUACCUAGCCACAGGAUGUCCUGAUUCUUUUCCUGACUUUCUGCCAGGAAGCAGUGCAUCAUAGAUAAGGGCAGGAGAUCCUGGAUGCCUGUGGAGGUGGCUGUGUGAAUCUAUAGUUCUGUGAAGGAUAUCAAGCUAUCCUUGAACUCAUUGGUUAUUUGAAUAGAAUUAUAGAAUUUGAGGGACUUGAAUGUUUUCCUUGCUUUUCUUUUUUGGAGUUUACGGUGGGAAGACUACAAACUCUUUUCUUUCAUAAGUCACCUAUAAAGUAUUAUAGCCAGCCUCUUUCCCACAUGACGUUAGCAUGAUAUGCAUCCAGAAGGUUAAAUGUGGCUCUGUAAACUCUUCUGUUUCUCCCAGGAAGCCCCCUAUGUGAUGGAAAAGAAGACCAAUGAGCCAUUGCAAGGAAAUUUGAGGUAUGAAGGUUAUUGCGUAGAGUUAGCUGCUGAGAUCGCAAAACAUGUUGGCUACAACUACAGCUUGCAGGUUGUCGCUGAUCGGAAGUACGGAGCACGAGAUCCUGAAACUAAAAUGUGGAAUGGCAUGGUCGGGGAGCUAGUAUAUGGAGUAAGUUUCUCUCACUCUCAUCCUGUGGCUUAAAAACUGUAACAGCUAAUGAAACAAGGACAUCCCCAAGUGUAUCAUUAGAUGAACACUGGAAAUUUCAGAUGAUUUUGCAUCAAGUCACUACCCAUUUGUGUUCAGUUCCUGCACGGCUGAUCAUUAUCCACCAAUCACAGCAAGACAAAUAUUAAAAUCAGUGCGAGUCAAUGUGGUGUAUCAUUAAUGAUCCUGUGCAGUUGGCAAAUAGCCACCUAAGUUGAACUAUUUUCAGUCAACCGAAAUUAUUUGUGUCAACUAUUUGUUAAUAGCGAAGUAUAUCCUGAUGAAAAUAAAUGGUCAGGCACAGUGCCAGCAGGAAAGUCUCCUCUUUCGCUUUUGUAGUUAAGGCUUGUUACAAUCAUGUCAUUUCUGAAUGGCAACAUUAAGUAAGGAAUUAAGGAAUGGAGAUGUCACAGGUAAUAGAUUGCAGCAUCAGUUGUGGAAUCCUAGCCAUCAGUUGAAAGGUUUGUUAGGAAGGAAAAAUACUACUAUUUCCAUUCUACAACACUUAUUUAAUAUUCAGUUGUAAGGAAACCACUAAGCAGUUUCAUACAAAAUAUGAAAUAUUAAAAUUAUUGAACAAAAAACUUAACAAGAAGUAUUUUAAAAUAUUCAGAAUGAAUAGUUGCUAAAAAGAAAUAAAACACCUGUAACUUUUGCAUGUCUGAAUGGCCUUUCCUGAACAAAAAUGUUUUAAUCAGGUUCCAAAAAGGGUUCAGCAAAGGCACCUGCCUGAUGUUGAUAGGCAGGGAGUUCCAAAGUGCGGGUACUGCUAUACCAAAAGAUUUCUUACAAGUAUGGAAUGAGUAUUAUAUGGCACCUGUAGCAUUGCUAGUUCUGCAGAUUGAAGUAGUCAAGUGAGCAUACAUGGGUAAGGCAAUCCUGCAACCACACUGUUAACUAACAGCAGCACCUUGAACUUGGCCCAGUAGCAAAUGGGCAACCAAUGCAGGUCUCAGAGAAGAGGUGUUAUAAGCUGAUAGGGCCUCACUCCUUUCAUCAACCCUGCUGCAGCAUUCAGCAGCUUCUUGCUCAAUCACAAGGGGAGCCCCACAUUAGUUAUCAAUAAUGAUUAAUAAUAGGAAAGAAAAUAGUACCAAUCCACACUGGGAUUAUUUUUAUUUAAAACAUUACAGUAAGACAGGGUGGGCCAAGAUGAGGCUUUGCAAAUGACUACAACUCACAUCAUCCCUAAUCAUGCUGUAUUUUGGCCGAUUGAAGCCCAGUAACUUCUGGAGAGAACCAUGCUGGUUAGCCUGGCACAGAGAUAAAUGUCAACCCAUCAAAAGAAUCUGAUAAAGAAAGAAAGCAAACUGAGGUUUCUGUACAAAAUAUAAUCCGCACUUUUAAGCUUUUUCCAAACUGGCUUUAAAGAAAAAUUCAUUGUGUCUGAAAAUCAAUUUUCACAGAAGAAAACCAAUAUAACCCUGAUACAUAUAAACGGAAAGUGAAAAUAUUAUUUAAUGCAAAACAAAAAACCAACAACAAUUUGGUAACAAAAUCUUGAAACACUGGUGCAUUGCAGAUCUUCAAAACAUUGGUCUCAGUUUAAUCUCUUUUUAAUUUUCAGAAAGCUGAUGUGGCCGUCGCACCACUGACCAUCACUCUAGUGCGAGAGGAAGUUAUAGACUUUUCCAAGCCAUUUAUGAGCCUGGGCAUAUCUAUCAUGAUUAAAAAACCACAAAAGUCCAAGCCUGGAGUCUUUUCCUUUCUGGAUCCCUUAGCUUAUGAGAUUUGGAUGUGUAUAGUUUUUGCCUACAUUGGAGUAAGCGUUGUCCUCUUUCUGGUCAGUCGCUUCAGUCCUUAUGAAUGGCAUAACGAGGAGGUUGAGGAAGGCCGGGACCAACCAGCCAAUGACCAAACAAAUGAAUUUGGAAUAUUUAACAGUCUCUGGUUUUCCCUGGGAGCUUUUAUGCAACAAGGAUGUGACAUAUCUCCAAGGUUAGUAAUUUUCUCUGAAUAUGCAGUCUUUGAGAUAGCGCGGGGUGUGUGUGUGUGUGUCCGGAAUCAUGUGGAAUGGGACAUUUCUUUCAUGACUUUCACUUGUGGUGUAGUGGUUAAGAGCAGUGGACUCGUAAUCUGGUGAACUGGGUUCGCGUCUCCGCUCCUCCACAUGCAGCUGCUGGGUGACCUUGGGCUAGUCACACUUCUUUGAAGUCUCUCAGCCUCACUCACCUCACAGAGUGUUUGUUGUGGGGGAGGAAGGGAAAGGAGAUUGUUAGCCGCUUUGAGACUCCUGAAGGGGAGUGAUAAAGCGGGAUAUCAAAUCCAAACUCUUCUUCUCUUCUUCUCUUCUUCUCCAGUAUAAAGUCAGAAGCCAAGAGAUGUGUGAUUAAGUUGAAGCAGGGUACUUGCUUCCUUAAAAUGAAGAAUGAGAUUCUUGCAUUGGUUGCACCUCCCACUUGCUCCACUAAGCAAACUAGAAACACAUCCUUGCAGGGUGUUUCCUUUCUGCCUAGUUCCAAUAGCCAGGCCUUUGAUGAAGCCCUGUCAGCCGUCUUUAGGCAGUUGGUGGCAACCCAUAGCUUAGAGCAUUUAUUGCGUUUCCUUUCUUCCUCAUAUGAUAAUCCUGUUGUGAGAGAGGGGGCUUAAAAUAGAAAGAGCUUUGGAAUUCCAGCUGCUACAUUUCCCAACCACCUAGAGGUUUCGAGCUCAGCCCAUUCAGAGGAGUUGGUGGUGGGUGGGUGACAGAAACAGAGAGGGGAAAUGGCAGCCAGGAAAUGGAAAGGGGAACUCCAGAGGGCUGAGGCUUAAGAAUAAGGUUGCCACCUCCCCCUAGAAAAACAGGAUCACCCUGGUUUAGGAAAAAAAUUGCCCUCUGUCUCAUUUGGACUUCAAACAGGACACAUUUUUUUCCUGUAUUUGAGCUUGACCAGCCCAAAAUGGCAGUUGUGUCACUGUUGGUGUGGCUGACGAGGAGCUUGGCCUGGCGCAAGUGACAACAGAGAAGAGAGGGAAAGAGCAACCUCCUCUCCAACCUUUGCCCUCUCCUCCAUUCUUUCUCACUGGUACUCCUCAUCAGCCACGCCCUCCAGUCUAGCCACUGCUUAGCCCCAUCUUCCACCCCAACCUGACUUCUCCCCCUCCAUGCUUGAUUCCCUUCCAUUGCAAGCAUGGGCAAGAGGCUAGUGCUGUAACUCAAGUCGCCCACGGGAGCCAGCUGUCUAUCCCUGGCCCCUGCCCAUCUACAUGAGUCAAGGGGGAGAGCAGGGCUGCAGUGGUGAGGGAGGCAGAAGGCUGAAUGUGGCGAACUCCUCCUGUCCUUUAUUUUGCCUGACCUAUCCUGUAUUUUGUCUGAUCAAAGAUGGCAACCCUACUUCAGAAGCAAGGAUCCACCGAAGUGGUGGGUCUACUACCUCAGUUUCCCUGGCUUGGGCAUUUUGGUGCAGAAGUUGAUGCAGGGUGCAUUGAUCUGGAGACUAAACCUUUUAAAAAUCCUGAUGCAAAUGGCAGUUUUAAUAAAGAUAUUUAUUUUGGGUCAAUGCCAUUUUGCUUCCCACUGCAACAUUUCUUCAUUUUCCCUUUUUGCUGUUGUUGAUUUGUUUAUAGUGUGUGUGGCAACAAUGGGCAAAUUCUACUUUCUGAUUUCUAGGUAUACUUGAAAAUGCCUAAGAGAAAAGAGUAUGAUAUUAUUUAUGUGGAAUAUAAACAUGCAUUCUCCGUGCUUAAUUCAUAAGGCUGUCCAAGAUGGGAAUUUAGAGGGACACCGACAGAUUCUCAUUGUGUUUCCCUUCUUCAAGCACUACUUUUGAGUGUUGUGGGUGGAGGAAGUCUUGUAAAAAAUUAAGAAGUUGAACUGGUUAAAGAAGUCUCUCUGAAAGCAAGUACACUCUGCAUAAAUAAAACAUAUGUAGGCAAUUUAUUCAUCUACUGCUGCUACUUGGCAGGCCAGGUGAAGACUGCAAACUUAAAGAGAUCAGGAGAAAAAGAAUCCGUGACAGUUGGUGCCUGUCUCACACACAAUCCCAUAUGCUAGCAUCUAUAUGCUGUCUGAGCAUAUUAUACAAUUAUCCCAAGCAGAUCAUUAGUGGUUGGUUUCAGUUUCUUCUAGCUUGCCAUGGAAUUCCAGAAAUAAAUGUGGAAUUUGGGCUAUGGCUGGGCACAACUAAUUGUGGAAAGUGGGUUCAGUAGGGUGGCUGUGUCUCCUGCUUUGCAGAGGACAGUCCUCUAUUUGAGGGUUGCUUGGAAGAACCCUCUUUCCCCUGAGCACAGACACACAUGCAGGCUCUGCAGAGUUUUACGGAGUUCUGCCCCCAAAUUUGGUAGAAUGGUUUAUGCCAUGGUAUAGCUGAACACCUGUAUUCAAAUAUUUUCAAUCCUCAUGAAAUCAAAUGAGCAUUCGUUGAUGCUUCCCCCCCCCCCAUCAUGGACUAUUUAAAGGGGAGGUAGCCAAGAAGGUCCUCUCCAGAUAUUGUUGGAUUCCACAUUCCAUCAGCCCCAGCUAGCAUGGCCAAUUGUUAGGACAACAGGAGCUGUAGUCCAACACCAUCUGGAACUAUGGUGACUACUCCUGGAAUACAUCAGCCCAAGACCUAUUUGCUCAGUGUGACUGAAAGCUAACUGUACUUCUAGUAUGAGGGAAAGAUGGAACAGUAGAAGAUGAAACCAAAAGAUGAAAUUACAUCAACACAUUUCAUUAUUGGUUCACAACCAGUAGCAAACCUCUGUUGAUAUGCCCUGGUUCUGAGCUGUUUGUUUUCUGCUAGACAAAUUACUCAUGAGAGACCAGGCAGUAGAGAAACAAAGACCUUGGAGACAAUUGGGCAGCUGUAACAUUCCUGAUACUAAUGGGUUUUAAAAGGUCAUUGCCUGAUUAAUGUGCUCAAGAUAUUAGAUAUACCAGAAUGAGUAAAGUUCUUGUUAGGAUGGAGCACCAGCAAGGAGAGACAGAAAAGCUUUUACCACCCUCUCUUAUCUUAGUCACAUGUGUUGAUUAGAUUAUUACAACUGAUACAGCAAAAUGAACUUAGUUUCGAUCAGCAUGUCAUAGCUAACACUUUAUGAAGUCAUGAUGGAACAAUUUAAAGAUACUUGCAUGAACUGCACUUCAACACUGGGCUGUGACAAAUGGGCAUGAUGUUCUUCAAAUUGGUGCACUCAUUUAUUUAAGCACUUUGAUUAAACCUGAGGGCAAUUUUGAAUCAAAGGGAACAAAUUGUAAUUGGUGAGACUGGGACUGAAGGGCAGCCUUGUUUAUUUUAUUAAAGUAAUUUUGGUGCAGGUAUAUUACUGAAUUAGUGAAUAUAUUAGUGAAUUGAAAUGAAAAUGUUAAAAAUGGCCUUUCUGUUCAAAUGAGUAGCUUUGUUUAUUAAAUGUAAAUUUAUCUCACACCUACAUCAUCUUCCAAACAGCACCCAGAUUGAGAUUUUGCUGGUAUACAACUUUAAUUACAUUUAUUAACUAAUUGUCUGAUGGUCAGGUUGAGGUUUGCUGAUAUGCACAUUUAAUUGAUUGAAUGAAACCUAAUGAUUAAUCAACUAAAAAUUUAAUCAGUGAACAGCUUUAAUUCAAAAAUCUAAAAUAAUUAAAAUCAACACAGUAGGUCCCGUUAGCACUUUUUAAACUCACAUCUCCGUUUCACUUAACCCCAGGCCAUAAGAAUAUAUACAUCCCAAAUAGAAUUGCCCAGUUGUAACAGUUCCUAAAAUAGUUGUCUUUAGAGUACAUGUCCAAAGACAAGGGUCAGUAUAAAUUCAAACACAUUCACUUUGCAUGAACCCUAGCAUCAAAGACUAAUUCAUUGUGGGUAUUUGAUAUGGUAAGUUGAUGUAAGACAGCCUCUACUAUCUAUACAUUUGAAGGAUGUGAUGCAGUGCAAUUCAGAUCCUGGCCUCCCAGAUCUUAGUGUGGCACUCUAACCACUGCACCAGACUGGCCCACAUUUGUCCCCACUUCAAUGUGUGAAUUAGCCAUCAAACACCAUAGGUUCUGCUAUUGCACUACAACAAUUCAAUCACAGCAGAGUUUAAUGGAGGCAGUUAAUAUAUCCAUCUGGGAGCCAUUGAACUGGUUCCCCUCAUAUGGUGGAGAAUCAGGCAUGCACAACACACCCGUAAUGUAACAUAAUGCAAAUGCCCCACGCAUAGGCCCAAACGUGGGUGGGAACACACAGUGUCUUAUGAUCCUAUGCACAUACCACAUGCAUCUUACUGUGUAGAAUGGGGCAUGUCUGCUUCUCUACCAUUCAAAGAGGCUCCUCGUCUAGAUGAGCAUGUGAACAUGGUCACCAAUUGAUGUGUGGUGAAAGAGCAUCACAUCUAAUGUGAGGCCUUCCUUGCCAUCCCCAGAGCAUCCAGUAUCUUAUUCUUUCCCAGGGUUCUAAUCCUGCUUUUUCCAGGCUUUGGGCCAGUCACUGCCUCUCAGCCUAACCUACCUCAGAGUUGUUGUGGGGAUUAAAUGCGGAGGCGGAUGCCACUUUGAGCUCCUUAGAGAAAAAGGUGGGAUAUAAAUGCAGUAAAUAAAUACUAGUAGUCAUGCCUCAUUAGGCCGAUACUGAAGAUGUGUCAACUCAUGUAUUUUGCAUCGCUACAGACAUCAUUUUUAAAUAAAUAAAUCUUGCUUUACCAAAAGAUAACCUACUGUAAUAUUUUUAUUUACCACUAUGAGCCCAAAAUACAAAGACUACAAACAGAAGAUACAAGACCCAGGGUAUCUUUCUGGAUGCCACUUACUAGUGCUACAGCCUGCUUUAUCUCAUGGCAGGAGUUCCUGGAUAAAAGCCCAGGGCCUCUGUUAAGCACAAGGUCAAAGCUAUUUAUUUUAUUCACGCUGACAUCAAGUCAAAUACAGUGUGCUUUCAAUGUACUGCUUUUUUAAAAUGACAGAAAAGUACUCAAACUGAGAAUAACAGAGAAGCAUGGCUGAGUCUGUGGGCAUUUUCAACACCACGUGAAUAGGCAGGGUGCAGAGGGAAGAGAAAAGCAUCAGAAGCAUCAGAAAAUAAUGAAACCCCUCCUCAGACACGUAAAUGGAGCUCCUUGUCAGGAACAGUUCCCCAUGUGCUGAAGCAUCAAACUGCAGGGGGCAGAUUUUCAAGGGAGUACCUUCAGGCCCUAGGUCAUUACUACUGACCAUUGGCCAUGCUGGCUGAAGCAGAUAGGAGCUGUAGUCCAGCAACAUUUGGAGGGCAACACCCUGCCCUGGGCUGACUCCACCCAAACUGUUGGAUCCUUCUGGACAGACAGAAAUAUAAAGGGCUUCCUGUUGCUGUUGAGAUUUGCUUGACCAACAUAAUCUUCCUGAGCUCUGGUGUGUUUGUGAAUCGUUCUGGUUUACUCUUCAAGUCUGUCUUUUGGGUCGUACAGUCUUUACUUGCUCUUUGACCUUUUGUCCUUCUGUCCUGAUUUCUGGCUUUUCACACAGAUUCUGGCUCAUCACACCUUGCUUUCCCAUGCCCCAGAGAAGAUUCAGGGGGAGAAGACAGGAAGUAGAAGCCUUUCUAAGAGUGUGGGAGUUAGUUUGAACAGCGUUGAAUGCUGCUCUGAUUAUUUUUCAGAGAAAAUUUCUUUCCCACUAGGAUUGCUAAUAUAUUAUUGAAAACUAAAACUAGAAAAUAAUAUACCCAGCUACUCUGCAGGCUCUUGAUUUUUUUUGUUUAGCAACACAUAAUUAUAUGUGUAUCUUUUAUUCAUUUAGGUUUUCCAUGCCUGGAUAUGCCAUAUGCCCAAUCAGUGCUCCCCCCCACACACAUUUAUAACACACACACACACACAGCAAAGUCUGAAUAACCUGCUAAGUACAGUAUCAACACAUUUACAAUAAAACCAACAAAGCAUUAAAAAUGUUUUCCAUAUGCAAGGUCACAAAAUCACAAAGUUGGAUCAUAUGGUCCAACCCAACAUGGGACUUGAACCCAGAACCCUGAGAUUAAGAGUCUCAUGCUCUACCAACAGAGCUAUCCCUCAGGACAGCAUUAAAAUAAAAUAUUGUUUUCAAUAAUAUUAGCCUACACAACCUUAUGUCCCUCAUGCCCUGCCUGUUUAAAUUGCACCAUGUUUAGAAAAAGUACAUUUGAUUUUUCAUGUCGCCAAAGAAAACCCACAAGCACACACCUUCCUGCCUACUCACCGUGCCUAAAUACUGGAAAGUUUGGAAACAUUUGUGGAGACAUGUUGAUUCUUAUUCCCAGUCAAACACAGAAUAGGAGGAAUUUAGUUGUAUAAGGAGGAGGAGCAGCUUGGGAGAGCCUGCAAUAUUUCUAAAGGGGCAAUUGAUGAUUGAUGGUGAUUCAAAGGAAGGACUCCAUCAUGCCCUAAGUAAUUGGUGUCAGAGGUUCUCAGAAAAGUAGAGGGACAGGACUAUAUAAGUGUGCAGCUGCUGGCUGACCCAGGAAUAAAAUUCUUCAAAGUACACCGUAAAUAUAUCAUUUGCUCUUGGUGGACUGGAUGCCAGACAGAAUGACUGUAAUGAAAUACACAUCCCACUGAAGCUCGGAAUCGAUCACUCUGAAUACACUAUUUUUCUCUGCUACUGGGCUACAAAUAAUGAUGUCUACAAGAUAUGUCCAAGUAAAAGUGCUAUCUAUCUGGUCAGUGGAUGGCAUUCUGCAUUUAUAUCUAUCCUUCCCUUGUCAAUGUGGACUCAUCAGACCAUCGAUCUCUCUGUACAAAGUUAGAUUCUGGUUAGUGGCCAAAAACACAUCUGAGUGAUUUCCUUCCAUUGAUGUCUUCCUACUUUGCAAGGUAGAGUGCCUGAAAGAAGAUAAAGAGAUGUCAGGCAUCCUGAACUCCAUUCCUGGUGAAUGGUCUAUUCAUCAGCACAAGUGGCAAAGUAAUCCCUUUGUCUUCGGUGGGUUGGGACCAACCCACAAAUGGCUUUACAAUCCAACCUAAUCAAACCAGUAUGUCAAACCAGUGGCACCAGAUCCAUUUCCUUUUGCUUUUAUUGGUUUCUUUUUAAAGACAGGGUGAUAUGUUGGUAGUUAGUUGUGCAGAAGAAAAUAUUUCCCACCACUGUGCCAAGAAACAUCAGUCACUAUACCCUAUUCUAUACCUAGGAGGGGGAGAAAGAUAAAUAGGUACGGGGGGGGGAUGGAUACUGGACAUGGUGGCUAGAUCUGGGUCCCAUGUUGCAGUUUGUCUUUAAAUGUACAUCCUGAAUUCAAAACAGUUGAAGACUAUCUGAGUGAUUCAUCAGCUGUGUGACAUGGUUGUGUGGACUUUAUGGGUUCCCUCUUGGACUAACCAAUGAAAUAAAGGUUAUUUUCCCCAUCCCUUUUUAUUUGCAACGGCCUCUCCCUAAAAGUGUCCAGAAGGAUGUACCUACCACUUCUGGGAGGAGAAGCGCUCCCCAUUCUUGUCAUUCACUGCAACAAGCAAGUCCUUUUCUUCAAACUCUUGUGCGCAACAUACAGGUAGCUAGAAAGUCUUUAGGGUUGCCGAAAAUGCUAUAACUGAAAUCAAAACUAAGUUGUAUCAAGCCCCAAGAAGAUGCAAACAAUGUAUGUUUACAUCCGCUGGUGUCAGUAACUCUCAUUCCCUAUUCCUUGAUAGCUCCAGUGGGAACAAAUGAUUCCCAGAAAGGGAAUCUUCUCAGAAAGGGAAGAACCUACAGGGUUGUGGUGAGGGAGCAGAAGAACUAUAUCACUUGAACUCAUUGGCAGGAGGGUGGGAAAUAAAUUACAUUCAUCCUUUAAACAGAAUAUUUCCCACCCGACCAUCAGCAGAGCAUCAGCAGUGAAGGGACAGUUGCAACUGUUCCUGCAGCUGCAUCACCAAAUGGAGCCCCGUGGGUAGCAUGCCUCCUUUUUUAUCUGUGGACCUCCUUCUGUGUCCACAGAGAGGGAGGUCUGCAAUAUCUUAUAAGAUCCUUAGGCUUGUGCCCUUAUGGCAGCUUUUGUGUUAAUGAAUUAUAUAUUAUUUGUUGUUGUUGUCGUCGUUGUUGUUAAUGAAAUCUAUACACCACCCUUCAAAGAUCAGAGGGUGGUCAUUUCUUGUUGACAGCCAGCUUCAGAAGUUUGCUAUAGGCAACCUAGAAAUGAUGUGCUAAACAAAUAAAGCAUUCCUUUGUGUGAUUGUAAGAGUUCACCAAGGGUUGCUUCAAGGACAGUUCUUCUGAUAUUGAAAUAAUUGUGUUUUUAAAGUCGGAAUUACCUCUGCAUAAUUGGCUUAAUAGUGUAUUACCUGUUCAGCAAUGAGAAGUAUUGAAUUACAGCAUCACCAAUUCAUUGCCUUGGUUAUCAGUGCCCAUUGGAAGGAAGAAAAACGGGGAGGGGAACUGAAUUUUCAGUUUGGAGAAUUGUGAAACUUGUUUAAUUAGAAAUUUGCUGUGAAUAAUUGAUCUAAGCAACAACAUUGCAGACUGGGUUGGGGGAAGAUUUUUUUUAAGGUCUGAAAUAAAUAUAAUGUUGCCUGUUUCCCCAUCAUCACCACCAUACCCAAAAGUCAAGAUAAAUGAGCAGACGUGCAAUCGCUUUUCAUUUCAUCUUCCCUGCUGCUGCUGUGAUCUCAAGAUGUGAUGCUAGUGCAAAUGAAGUUUCCAUAAAUGGUCCCCCAGUUGCUGCUUUUAUUGCCUGGUUCAUUCUAUUUGGGCUGCAAACUUCAACCAGUCAAAUGUCUCAUAAGUGUUUGAGGUUAUUUUGCUUCAGAGCAUAAAGAACCAGAACCAGAACCAGAUGAUAGAUGAUAGAUAGAUAGAUAGAUAGAUAGAUAGGUAGAUAGAUUUAAUGUGCAACAAUCACUUACAUAGAUACCAGUACGCCUGGUCACAAAAACGGAGAAUUGCUUAGCUGGGUUUAGACUUUCCGAAACUGGGGAUUGCAGAGUGUGUUUGUGCAGUUUACAUUGCCUUUUCUCUCCUGCCAGACGUGCAAAAGUGUAUGUAAGAUUGUGUAAAAGUGUAAGAUUGUGCAAAAGUGUAUGUAAGAUUGUGUAAAAGACCUAGGUUUCCAUGUCGUCACUUUGAGAGAACCCAGUUUUCAAUGGACAAAUGUUCUAGUACUGAUAAAUGUGCACAUGGCAAUAAGGUCCCUCCAUUAGACAAAAUGAAAGGACAAGGCAAAUGAUGUCCUCUGCACAUACAAAUGUGACACGUUAAGAGACAAGAGUGCUUGCUUAAUUUUUAAUAUGGAGACAUAUUCACAUAUGCAGUCUGAAAUGCACAGUUCAGGAUAAAUAAUUCUCUUGUUCAUAUUGGCAUGAGUUUGUAGGCAGGGUUAGACUCCCCUGUAAUUAUUGGAUUUAGUAAAAGCGAGAAUUAAUCUGGGUUCAAUCAAAAACUGUGCCAAGUGCUGAAGCCCCUGGAUUAAGUUCAUGCUAACAACACCAUUCAGCUUUCUCAUCAGGUAAUCAGUGAUAGUAGCUGAGUGAUUAGCCUAACAAAAGGAAAAUAGAUUGGGCCCUCCAGAGAUUCAUUGUGAGACAGCAAGAUGGGUGAAGCCUCUCUGGGCCCUGGUUUUACACAGUAACACAAAAGGUCACUAGCUUUGGUGCAGGACUACAGUUUGCCUGAUAAGCGAUGGGGGGGUGAGAGUGUUGUUUUGCAAGAGGCCUGAGUAGCGGGGGACUCAGAGGAAAGAUCUUUUGAGUAUGUGAAAUGGGGGUUGCCUGGGGCUGGUGACGUAAGCGAAAGACAAGGCGUUGUUUUUGCAAGGGGUUCUGGGAAGAAAAGGGAGUAAGGAGCAGAAUGCAGUGUGGGUUCUGAGGGGACGGAGACAUAACUACAUAGUGCAGGCAGCAUGGCUGAUUCCUCUGCUUGUAGGUCCACACUUGUUGCUCUUGGGAGAGCAACAAAGGACUCUCUUAUGAUGUGAAAGCUGGGGACUCUCUCCAUCCAGACGCAGGGUGUAAAUAUGUGUAAAUAAAUCAUAUUUCAUAAAGACACUGCAAUCUCCGCUGUGCCUAAUUUCCAAUGGAAACUCAAACUCCGAGUGUCUGGAACCCCCUGGAAACUUGUCACAGCUCGGCAGAGAUUGGAAAUGGCGAGUAACUAUGUUUCAGCUCUCAGACACACUGGUACUCUUUCUCCAUUAGUGAUCUUGUAGCAAAAGAUCAGGCUGUGUGUACUAAUUGGAAACACUUUAUAUUAGUGAGUUUGAUAUGGUUGCCAGAUGCCCCUUACUUUUAAUAGGUUACAUUGUUAUAGCCCCAUAUCACACAAUAAAUGUCUAAAGCUUCAUUAAGGACAUGAAAAGUCAGACAAAAGAUAUUGUGGCCUCUUAAAGACUAACUAAUUUAUUACAACAUAAACUUUGUGGGCUACAGUCUAUUUCAUCAGACACAUAGUUAUCCUAACUUGGCAAGCAUACAUACCUGUGGGUGUAGAAAGAAAAAUGGUAAACAGUAAGAUCAGAGUGGAAUAUAAUGCAAAAGAAAAUACAUACUGUGAAAAUUAUGCUAAGGUUUAAAUGGAGAAUGACAGGGUGAAUUACAACAAGGACAAGAUUGUGUGUAUUCCCUUUAAUAUUGUUCCGAUUAAGAAACCUCAACAAGCAGUUCUAACAUUUGCCUAGUACCCUAGGAGAAUUGUUGCUUAUUCUCAUAUCCGAAGAAGGAGCCUCUGUUUUCCACUGGUAUAGAUGACGCAUCAUGCUUUGAUCCUCAGAUAAAAGACCCUGAAGAAGUGUAAAAUGGAUAGCCUCUUCCGUUAAAGGGCUUCAGAAUCCUUUGCAAAUACUAGUUCAUUCUCUCAGUAUCCCAGUAUCCCAGAUAAAAUAGAUCACAAAGAAUGGGGAAGCCUAACAUGGAGAGGAAGAUGGGGAAUGUUAAUUUUAAAGGCUGUAGAAGCAGCGCAGGAAACAACAGAGACCUAAACUGCCUACGACUCAAGUUAAAAGUACUUUACAGCAACAGCAGGAUAGAGAGGUGGAUAAGUAGCUGGCAUCUGAAAACUGUGCCUUUGUCUAGUAGACUAAUGAUCCCAUUCACAAAAUCAGUACGCUUAGCCAAAGAAUUGUUACUCUGAGCAAUCUAUUUUAGUACUUUCACCUGCCAUGAGCAUACUCUACCUGCAGCUCUUGUUAAUGAAGCACAUAAAUCCAGGGCCAACUGAAUCAUUUCUCCUUGUUGGAAAGGGUUCAGAAAAGGUCCAAAAUGCUCCUUACCCAAGAACUCCGUAGCUAUGGCUGCUAGACUGCCGGGGGAUCCAGUAAUCAAGUGAAGUGAUGACUAUACAGCUAAUGGCAUCACAGAAAGAUUUCUAAUUUGUUAUAUAUAUAUAUAUAAAACAAAUAUAUAUUAUAUAUAUUUAUAUUUAUAUAUAUAUAUUUAUAUAUAUACACUCAAAAUGCAACAGAAAUAACACUGAAAACUUCUCAGAAUGUAAGUCUCAGAAUAGACAAAAGCAUUGGUUGCUUGCAUAGAAUUGUAGAGUCUAUCUAAGUCCAACCCCCUGCAAUGCAGGACUCUCAGCUAAAGCAUCCAUGACAGAUGGCCAUCCCAACACAAGAGUCCACCACCUCUUGCGAGAGUCCAUUCCACUGUUCAUCAGCUCUUACUGUCAAAGUUAUUCCUGAGGUUCAGAAUCUCCUUUCCUCUAACUUGAAUCAAUUGGUUCAAGUCCUACCUUCCAGAGCAGGAGAAAACAAGCUUGCUCCAGCCCCCAUGUGCCAUUUAAAUAUUUAAAGAUACAUCUGUACAUCACCUUCAUAACAUUUUCUUUUAAUGCACUGCAAGCUGUAAAUUUGAUACCUUCAUUCCAUGUUGACUCAUGUUAAGCUUGGGGUCCAUUAAGAGCCCAGAUUCUUUUCACAUGUACUGCUAGUAAACCAGGCGUCCCCAUCUUAUAUUUGUGGUUCUUCCUGCUUAAGUGUAGAUCCUGACAUUUGUCCCUAUCAAAAUUCAUUUCGUUAGUUUGGGCCCAGUUCUCCAAUCUGUUAAGGUCAUUUUGAAUCCUGAUUCUGUAUUCUGCAGCAUUAGCUACCCCUCCCAGUUUAGUGUCACUGUUGUAGUCUCGUGCUGCCCAACCACAGCAGAGCUCAAUGGCAGGAGAGGCCAGCCAGCCAACCAGCUCAGGGAGGUACUUGCCUGGACACAGUGUCCCUCUGCAGGGUUUAGUCCAGACCUAGGGUUAGGAGCAUCUGAGUUCACAUAAGUCAGAUGGUCCGGGGCUCAAGAAACCGAUGAGUCCAAGGUCAGGAGAAGCAAGAAGCAGCAAAGUCUGGACAGGAACGACAAAUGUUGUUUCCAGCAUCUGACUGAGGCUGGAAACCCUGCUUAAGAAAGCUGGAGCCAGCUGGUUCACAUCAGGAGUAAGAAGGCUGAUCAGCAGCAGGUGAAGUCACUCUGCCUUCUGCUCCUUCAGGCUGCUGCUCAGCAGGUGAAGCCAAUUCCUGGCCCAUGACAGUCACCUGCAAAUUGGAUGAGCAUCCUUUCAAUUCCUCCAUCCAAGUCAUUUAUAAAGAUGUUGAACAACACCGGGCCCAAGACAGAACCUGGCUGUCAGGGUUUGGGAGGACUCUGAAGAAUGUUGGGCAAAGGAAGGAGACCAGUGAUUUAUUGGGUUUGACAAAGCAGGGACCAGGGAUGAUUGGAACUGUAGUCCAGGAUCACAGCUUCCCUAUGCCUACCCUAUAUCUUUGAUGAGGUGCAUUUUGCUUCAUGAAGGUCUAGGCUGGUGUGGAGUUUGGAUGUCAGAAUAAAAUAGGAGACACAUAAACUCCAUAUAUUUUGCUCUGAGCGUGUUGUAGGAGGGGCAGAUGGAAGUGCAGAAAAUAAAAUAAACAUCACUGGGAAACAUUUAUGAUCUACAUAAAGGCUUUUUACCCCUGCAAACUGUAGUUUUAAGUGUCUUGUCUGGGGCUCAUAAACAGUGAAUGGCAUUUUAGGAUUAAAAAUCCAAGGUUGUGCCUUCUGUCUCUUUGCCUGGCUUACUAAACAGCUCUUGCUGUCAAAAAUGCUAAUUGGGCUUUCAUGGGGGGUGGGGAAGGCUAUCACCAGAUGUGUAAAUCUUCUUUUCGCUCCAUAGCGAAGCUGCUGUACAUUUCAUAAGACUGGGGAAAGGCGAAUGAAUCGUCUAAACAUCUGACUAACAGUAAAUGGAUGUAAUCCAUUCCUCGAAAAUUCAUCUUGAAGAAAGCUUUUCACAUAAGAGAAAAGAAAUGGAAGAAAACAAUGAUUUGAAAAUACUGAGGUGUCUAAGGUCAUUAACAUUAAGAAGGUACAGUAAGUAAACCAUGAAAUUUAAUUAAACUCACACAGACAGGAGUCCAAUUGCAAUGCCGCGUGGGUCAGAAGUCUUUUGCAUUGUAAUGGAGACAUGAUUCCAUCCAUUCUAAUUCUGAUCCUAACUUCAGAUUAAUCAGGGAGAGCAGCUUAUUCAUUAGUUCAUGCAUGGUCAUUACCUGUUUAAAAGAUAAAUGAUACCAAUGCUUCCUGCGGUUGCAAUCCUUUCUUAUCAGCCUCCUGUGUCUUUGACUGCAACUUGAUUGGCAGAUGUUAGCAGCUGAUGAAGAUGCUUCUGUCUAGUUCAUGAAAAGUACCUCCUGCAGAUCAAGCUACAAUUAAACUCACAGAAGCAUGUCAGGCCAGGCCAGGCCAGGCCUCACCCCACCCCUUCUUGGUCGGUUGAUGAAACUGAAGCUUCUCUUUGGAAAUGGCUUGCUCCUGCUGGAGCUGUGCAAGAGUUAUAUCUUUUGUGUGAUGCAAAGGCAUUUAUGGAAGAGCUAGGCUUAUUAUUUAGGGAGGGGCACUAGCUCAGUUGUAGAACACAUGCUUGGCAUGCAGAAGGUAUCUGGUUAAAAGGAUCCAGUAACCCGCCAGUGAUGGGGAAGACAUUUCUGCAUGAGACCAUGGAGAUGCAGCUGGCAGAGUAGACCAUCCUGAGCUGGUAGAACAAAUAAUCUGCCCUGGUCUGCUACUGUGUCUUUGAGAGCAUUAUCUGAAGGCAUGUAAUUCAGCGAGCAAGAUCAAUCUAAGGUUUGGUCAGUGUCUGGAUGAGAGACAGACUGGAAAUCUGAUGUAUUGACCUUUUAGUCCCUGGAAGAAAGUGGGCCAUGCAUGAAAAUAAAUAAAUCUCAGAAGGCACUAAAAGCAGCUCCUCAGCGAGUGAACAAAUGCUUAUCAGCUAAGAGAGUCAUGGGUUUUCCAUUCUCUUAUAUUAUUUAUUACAAUUACAGCCUGCCUUUCCUGCAAAGAACUCAAGGCAGUGUAUGUAGUUCUUCCUCUCCUGCCCAUUUAUCCUCACAAGAAGUUUGUGAGAUAAGUUAGGCUGCGAGACAGUGAUGGACCCAAAGUCAUGCAUGGAAGUUCAUGACUGAGUGGGGAACCUGAGUCUCUCUAAUCCUAGAUGUUAUUGUGCCAUCAACAUGCAUGGUAUUUCCUCAAGUACAAGGAGACAAGUCCCUGCCCCAAAGAGCUUAAAAGCUAAAAUUUGGUGUAGGAAACAACAGAGGGAGGGAAGGAAGGGUUUAGUUGCGUUAAGGCAACAGAAGGAGUUAAAAUGAAGUUCAAGAAUAAUAGCAGUGCAGCAUUAGUAAAUGAUAGUUUCUCACCCAACAUAUACACCAGGAAAAAACUCCUAAAACAAUUGAAAGGUGGAAAUGAUCCAGUAACUACCAUGCUUGCAAAGACUGUAGACAGGUGCUUUCAUUCUACCCCGGGCUGGAUCUAGACACAUCAAAAAGGUGUUUCAGGAAAACAUGUGCUAAACUUCAUAAAUGGAAAUCACAUUGGCAAAAGACGGGACUCCGCAGCGCCAUCUGGUCAUAGUGUUAUAACACAUAUCAAGUGCUUUCUCUUCACCAAUGUAGCUCAGUCCCUGUAUUACCUUAACACUUCAGCUUGCAUGUAAAAGCAUUUUUAGUUGCAUUUGAAAGUGUGCCUUAUGUCAGACCUCCAUGGCUGAUCAGGAUUCAGAUCCAUAAAAGUGAUAAUUGGGCUAUUCCUACAGUCUGAGUGGUACAGAGAGUAGUGCCAACUUGGGCUUGUGGGAAGGCACUGUCAUCUUUUGCAUUCUGCCCCAGGGCAAGAGGUUAUAGAUUUGGCACAUUAAGUUUCAUAGUAAUUGACAAGAAGAAAGGAAGUAGGUUGCAUAUUUAGAAGCUGAAAGGCUUUAGAGUGGUACCUCAUGUUAUGUACUGUCCCCCUUACGAAUGCUGCGGGUUCUGCACUCUGCUAACCCGGAAGUAGAUGCCCCCUGUUGCAACCUUUGCCCCGGGAUGCGAGUGGAAGUCGUGCUCCAACGGCACGGCAGCAGCAGGAGGCACCAUUAGAGAAAGCAUGCCUCAUGUUAUGAGCGGUUUCGGGUUACAAACGGACCUCCAGAACAGAUUAAGUACGUAACAUGAGGUACCACUGUAUUUGGUCAUCAGUUCUAGAGAGGGGAAGGUCCCUGUGCAUUUUUCCUUCUCCACUUUUGCAUAAAGUCACCCUGUGACAAAUAUGUCAGUUGACUAAAUAAGCCUUUAUUAAAAAUGAAUUGAACAGCAAAUCUAGGAAAUCUUCCCUAAGCAGCCGCAGCUUUAGAAGACCAGAUUUGCCUUUCUAAUUAAAAUGCUGUCAGUUUUAAAUGUAAUUCUCCACAAGAAACAAGUUCUAGGGUAAGCGAACGAGAGUGGUGGUGGUGGGGAGGAGGCUCAGGAAGCUGCUCAAACAAAUUUCAAAGAGAUUUAUUUUGUAUAUUUCAUGAUGAUCAUGUUCAUCUUUCCAUCUUAAGUGUGUUCGGCUGGAGAAUUGGUGCCGUUGGUAAUAAGCUGUCGAGUAAAUGCAAAGUACUGUUAGCUUCAGUUACCUUCAGCAGGGGAUCAGAUCAAAGAGCAAGUUGUCUGAUGUGCGAGGUUACGUUUUGUUUUUCAAAAAUGAGAGAUUAGUGUGAUACAGUUCUUCCUUUGUUAUGCAAAGAAUUAAUCCAUUAAUUAAACCAAAACAAGAGGCCCUGACAUAAUUUGAGAAUGAGGCAUCUCCAUUCCACACUUGCAGAAAAAUUAUGUCAAAUUAGGUUGUGAGGAGGAGAGUGGAGUGAAGAUUUCUGCGUUGCAAGGAGCAAUCUGCAUCCGAGAAUGUAAAAAUUCUUACCUUCAGAAUAAAAAUCAAUGCAUGCAAACAGUUUACCAAAUGACUAUGGGAGGAAUUCAAUGUGGCACUAUGGCAAUCAUUCCAUCAGUGCAAGCAUUUCAGCUUGCCAAAUCGAAUGUUCCCCCCCUCUCCUUCCCAUGCACACAGCGGAUGGGGAAGCCCGGUUGCACUAGCGGAAGCCGUUCCACAGACUGCCUCAUUAGCUGAAUCUUGCCCUAUGUGCACACUUAGUCAUAGGUAUCCAUCCUCGGUGUUGAAACAGGUACUAGGUCUGAGCCCUAACGCUUGGGGUGGAGCACUGGAGGAGCUAAUGAGAGAACCAUAUUGCCUGAGGAAAUAAAGUGGAAUUAUGUUCACUACUGCUAGCUUGCCACUUUCUCAUUUUUAUCUUCCAAUCUGUCACCUGCCUGAUGCCCUGCCCUCAGUAUGUAUAGUGCAAAUUUUUGCAGAUCAAGCACAAGAGAAGUCAUUUCCCCAUUAGUUAGCAGCACUCAUUAUUAUUAUUAGUAGUAGUAGUAGUAGUAGCAGUAGUAUUAAGAGGCCCUCAUAAUAAUAAUAAUUUCUAUUUUCAUUAUUACUGCUACUGUUUUUUUCUUCAAGAAAAACCUUCCCUAGCUUUGAUGGAUAAAGUUUUACUUGUUGCGUUUUUUAACUAGUCUGCAUAGAUACAAAAAGUUAUGAAAUCCCUAAUUCCCAUUUUUCAACCAAAAAGAGUUGAAGAAGAGGCAUGAGGACAGGGUUGCCGACUGACCAGCAUCACCUGUGUUUAUGCCUUUAACAGCUACUUGAUCCAUAAAAAUGAUCAGAUGAAGGUUUUUCAUAGUAUGACAAUUAUACUAGAGAUUAUUGCCAUGCAGUUAAGCUGAAUGUUUGAGGGUUCAGGACAAACAAAAGAAAAGUGCUUCACAGAGCAUUAAACUAUGGAACUACAUCCCACUAGUGAUGGCCACCACCUGGAUAGCUUUCAAAGAGGAUUAAAUUCAUGGUGGACAGAGGCAUUGGACCACUGAAUAUCAGUUGGUGGGAAAUGUAAGAGGGGAAAGUGCUGUUACACUCAGAUCCUGCUUUCAGGCUUCCCAUAGGCAUCCGGCUAAUCACUGUGAGAACAGGAUGCUGGACUGAUCCCACAUAACUCUUCUUAUUUCUUUAAAUGAAUCACCAUGUGUUAACGCUGGCAGAUCAAGCUGCCGUUAAAGGCACAGGAGCAGUAAAAAGAAAAAGAAAAAGGUGGGCAACCCAAUGAGAGAUGUCUGUUUCCUAACAUAGCAAAUUUAAUAAUGUGCAAGAACCAUCUGGUGAUUUCAUCAGAAGAGGUCCUUUGCUCUCCCCACCACCACCACACACACAUUGAGUUAUCCAAACAUUAAUUAAAGCUUUCCUCUGCACAACUGCACCUCCGCUUAUUGCUUCCAUAGAUCUGAUUCUAUGAAAAAAGAUCCUCCUUAUUCCAAACACCCACUAUGUCAAUGAAAGAGAAUAAAUCUAAAGGGCAGGUGCACAAAUCCAAAUGUCAAGAUUUAUGACACUGUGGUUUGGGAGUACAGUACUAAGCUGAGCUGAAGAUAAUAAUUAUUCUCUAAUGAACAAAGUGCUUAGAAGGAAACAGCAUUGCAUCUUCUAUUGUGACACAAAGCAGGUAAACCUUAGGUUUCAAGAGUGGUGGGAUUACCCAAUGCAGAAAGAUUCAGACCUCAGGCUAUAGAUGCAGGGCAAAUGAAACUUUUUUCUGCAUGCAGGGGAAAACACACCCAAAUCCUUAGUGUACCACAAGCGGAGGAAAUCCCUCUGUUCCUCCAUCAAUUAAGAUGCCUUCAAAAGAAAAUGUAUUAAAUAUCAGCAAAGUACCCAGGAUGGUUAUGUGUGUAGAUGUACAGUACAUGCAUACAUACGAACAUACAUACGUACGUACAUGCAUACAUACAUACGAACAUACAUUCUCAUGUUGGCUAGCUAAUCAGAAUCUGCUGAGCAAUGUGUUUGUUUGUUUGUUUAAAAAUUAAUAUUAGGAAAGGGGGAAAUGUGUGUUCAAUGUUGCCACUAGGGUUCAGACUAAACUUGCCCCCAACAUAUCUAAAAUACAGGUUGGUUGCAAUAUAAUGGUUUAGCAUUUCAUGAGUGUACCAUCUUUUUCCCAUGGGUUCUCCUUGUCAGAUUCAAAACUAAAGCUACCACCAUAGUUGGAAGUUUUAACACUUUUAUGUAUGAAGUCAGUAUAUAGCAUCUCACUAUGGGUCUACAGGCUACAAACUGAUAAGGCAUGACAGAGAUCUAAGACACAUGGCUAGUGUGAAGAUGUUGAUCCAACCCUUGGCAUUCCCCCUGUGCUCUCAUUUUGAAGAGUGGGACGGGCACAGUUAUUUGCACAGUUGAUGUCCCCUGCCUCAGGCUAGGCAAGUAAAUAGGUACUCCUUGGUAGACGCUGUACAUGUAGGACUUGUUUGCAGUAGCACUGUCACCACUGCAUCUCUGGAGGUGAAGGUGGAGUCGAUGGAGCCAGCUCACUAUUGGAUUUGUCCCAAGUGCCACCCAAGAAAGGGGGCGAGGCUCUUUGGUGGCAAAGGAAGGCAGCAAAGUCACAUCAAUGGCUGGUGAUGUUGCACUUGGGCUGUCAGAUAUUGCGUGGGCAGACCACUCUCCUGAAAGCCCAUUAGACCAGCAGUUCUCAACCUGUGGAUCCCCAGAUGUUGUUGGACUACAACUCCCAACAUCCCUGAGCUCUGGCCUUGCUAGCUAGGGGUGAUGGGAGUUGUAGUUCAACAACAUCUGGGGACUCACAGGUUGAGAAAGGCUGCAUUAGACCCUUCUCAUGGAUCCAUAUCUCCCCACCUCCCAAUUCACUGGGACCCUCUCCCAGUUCAGAGUUCUCCUUGGGUUCCAGUUUCCCAUCCCCCAACCCGCUAAGGUCAGCCUCUUCCAUUUCUCCUCCAUUGCUGCCCACCAUCCAACCACCCGCUCCAAGAUAUCUCCACACGACUCAUGCCUUUCAUUGAAUGUGACAUUGAACAUUGUAGAUUUUUAAUGUAGGAUUGUUUAACUCUUAGUAGGGGGAAAUAGCUUACAUGAUGGUUCAGCAUCUGAUUAUGUAUCACUGAGCUAUUCAAAACCAAAAUUAACAAGCCAAGCCCAACUGUCCACAGCGCUCCCCCAUCCCCCCUCCUCUCACCCCUAAGUAAUGACAGCAAUAUACAAUCUGGUAGCGUGAGCCAUCAAUAUAACUGACAGGCAGUUGCCCCCCCCCCCCCGGGGUGUUCAGUGAUUAAGACUAAGAAAACCAUGACUAAGGUCUAAAGGCUGGGAUUUAGUUAACUGCAGCUGUGGGAAUUUAAGUCAUAAAAAUAUCUUGGCUUCUCAAAAAGGAGAAAAGCUGUAUAAUUUGCAGCUGGAGAUGAAUAUGAUUAUUUGGCAUGCAAAUGCAGCUUGUCAGAUUGAAGUGGCCGUCAUCAGCAGAAAUGAUGGCAUUAAACACUAGCCAGUUAUUCUUGUUUGGUGCCUCUGCGCUUGCUACAAGUGCUUCCAGUUGACAGGAAAUGGGAGGGGAAGCAGGAAGGAGGCAGAGAGAUGGAAAAAUCAAACAGGAGAGGAAUCAAGAGACUGAGCUGCAAGCAGAAGGAGGGUGCAGAUAGAACAGCCCCUGAUUCCUCACCAAAAAAGUGGACAUAGAACCUGCAUAAAAUGUGAAUAUGUUGAGAUGCAAAUUUAGAAAUAAUUAUUAUGAUUUAAAUAGAAAUACAAUGCAUCUCACCAUGGGGGAGAAGACAGUGACUGGUGUUGGCCUGUGUGCCUGCUCAGUCUGCCAACAUUUGAUAGGCAGCUUCAAGGUCCAUGCUGCUCUUUCUUCUUAGAGUUCUUUAUCUUUAAAGCAGACUUCAAACAGAGGACUUUCCUCUGUAAAUUAGAACACACGGCCAUCUAAGGGACAGAGUCUGCAGCGGAAUGAGAAGCAGGUAUAUGAAGGAGAGGUGGUGGAUGAGACAGAUGCCAGGGGAAAAGAGGGGAGAAGAGGAAGCCAGUGAGGACUGAGGGAAAGUGGGCAGGCAGUGAACUUUAGAGGUCUUGGGCCCAGAAGAUAAGAAAGGAGCAAAGAGGGCAGCAGUGGAAAUGUUCAGAUUUAUCUAUUGAUAUGAACUAUGCAGGCCAAUCUGUCUAUCCUAUCUAAUGGAUACACUUAUGCAGUUUGACUUUAUUUAUGCAACUUUGCAUAAUAUAUCCAUGUAUUCAAAGCAUUUGACAUUUGGGGCAAGUGCUGAGGUGACAGAAGGUGUAGAGAAGUAGUGAGAGCAAGUCCUUGAGAGCCUCAACAAUGGCACAAAAUGAGUUAGAAAAACUCUGGCCUGUGUGCUAGCAGGGUGUUUGCAGGUUCGGAGUGUAGAGGGCUAAGUGACUUGUCCAAGUGGCAUCUAUAGAGACCCAGCAGCUGGCACCACAUUAUUCUAUUCUUAGUUCCUCAACGUAUUUGCUAGUCUGCCAUCAUUAUAUCUUUUUUAAGCUCUGGCCACAUUCCUUGACAACUGGUAUUUGUGAAUCCUGGACGCUUAGAGUCUUUCUUCUAAGAAUUCAAAACCAAAUGCAGCAUCUGGACUUGCGAUGAGAUAGUCAUUUUUCCAUUUCCCCAGUUUCAGACAAAACUAAAAGUUUCACAUUUAUUCAGGAUGGAUUUGCCACUGGGCAUGUGUUCUCUCUGAUUUCCAUCACCAUCUCUCCCUCUCCCUUGCACUCUCUCUCUCUCUCUAGCUGACCAGUUGCAUUUGUCUAAAAGGAUUUCAAAUCAAGCGGAUAUAAAGAAGGUGACUGCAUCAUGUUUGGAAGCUGCACCAGAGUUUAGAUGCAAUAUUUAAAUGCAGAGUUUAGUAUGAUGUAAAAACAAUGCAUAGUGUAAGGAGCAAGUCCGUUUUAACAUUUUAAAAUAGUGGGGAUCAGCUAAAAUGCAUUGGUUUCCUCUUCUACAGCAAGCUCUGAAAACCUAGUUCUGCAGUAUGGUUGGUUUUUAACUGGGGAAAAGCUAGCUAUGGAUGGCUAGAAAUCUUCACAUCCCUAGGGCUGCAGUCCUGUACACACACUUUCCUGGAAAUAAAUCUCAUCGGCUACAUGUGAUGCUCAUCCAUAAACUAUUGUGUACUAAGUUAUUAGUUAGCAUCAGAUGUGUGUGAAUGACUCAUGAAGGGUUUUGCUUAAGAGGUCUCAACUCAUGGUCAUAGCUUUUUCUGCUCUAACAGACUGAUGCACAUAGAGACCUAUAAACUCAGCUAACUAGCCAGGCUAGAGGCCUUGUACCUUAUCUUGUGCUAGGAGCAGCUUUAGUCCCAAGGUUGCAAUCAACAUUCCACAAACGUCAAUUUUGCUGCAAGACCACAUUUGAUAAACCAACAAUAAGUCAGUGUUUGUUAGCAUGAAACCAAUUGCAACCCUGGGUUUGGAUGCCACACCAAGCUAAAUUCUUCAUUGUUUGUUUACCCAGUUGUGCACAAGCAGAAGAGAAGUGGAAUGCACAGUAUUUCAUACUAAUAGCUUUUGGCUUAACAUUAUGAGCAAUUUUACACAUUGAGUUAUUAGACACAGCUAGUAUAGCACUGCAACAUACCUUUCCCUGCAGCAGAUACUCUUCAUUUUAAUAGUUGCAAGGUUUAUUAGAGAAACAACAAGGAUGAGGUGACAGGUGACAUGUCAAUGAAUGAACACAAAUGUGGUGCUUAAAAAAAAAAGUUGGACAGCCCACCUGAAGCAUGGAGUGAGAGGCACAAGGCAAAAUGCAUGGCUGAUCCAGAGCUUGACUUCCUGGCUAUGCCCAUCAUGCAAAUGGCAAAGCCAUCUUUAAAUUCUAUGCUUGUCAUUCACCUCGAACUAGACCAGCAGGGAGGCUCACCUGGUGCCUUCAUUGCAUAUCUUUUGGUGCCAGGCAAAAACGUUCCUCUUCUCCCAGGCCUUUGACUAAUUGAACCAUCUAUAGCGUUUAGUAGGGUAUUGUUUUUGUUUGUUACUAUGGUAUGUAUUUUUGUGUUUUGUAUCGCAAGCCACCCUGUGAUCCUCAGCUGAAUGGGCAGUAUAGAAAUUUAAUAAAUAAACAAAUCAAAAUAAACCAGCACGAUGCUUAGGUCUUGGUGGUUCCUACAGUGUGCACUUCCUACGAGCUGGAUUAACUAGAACAGGGUGUGAUUUUUCCAACUGUUAAGUCACAAAUAUCAGUUCGCAGGAACUUUUCAGGAACGUGGGCAGCUAGUUCCUUCAUGAUCGUGACACUCCAGCUACCAAGUGGCACAGACGACGAAAUGUCACUGCUGUUGCUUCUUGUGUGAAUGCAACGUUUCCCUUUUUAUAGCUAGAGCUGCUAUUGGCAAUUUCGUAAUGGGCUGAGCAGAGGAAUGGCGUGGGAGGGUGCUUUUACCAUUCACCUACACAGUGCAGGGCUAAGCCCUUUAGCUCCUAUCUGUGCCAUGCAAUGGAUGUGAAUUAACUUGCCCUUUCAACCACUACUGCUUCAUCAUCCCUAGGAUUAAUUACAGUUCUGGAUUUUAUAUCAAAGUCAUAAAAUGACAAUUAUUAAUGAAAAUUAUUAUUAAACAAAUCUCAGCUAUUAAAAAGAAGAAGCAACUUCUUGCACACAUGGAGACCCAGGUUCAGAAGGCUCUCCACAGAAGGUUUGCUCAGUCAGUAGUGCAUAAGACUCUUAAUCUCAGGGUUGUGGGUUUGACCCCCCACAUUGGGUGAAAGAUUCCUGCAUUGCAAGGGGUUGGACUACAUGAUCCUCACGAUCCCUUCCAACUCUAUGAUUCAAGCUUCAAGGUACAGGAGGCCUCCCUUUCCUGUCUUCUGCCAUCGAUGGCAACCCCAUAACUUUUCUUCUUGGUAAUUCCAGUGUUUGGGUCCUUCGCUAUUGUUAUGGUGAUAUUCUUCACAUGCUAGUCCAACUUCAGUGGACAUAAAACCAUUAGGGAAAGGCAUGCUAGUUGCAAGUUCCUCCUGAAAUCUAUUGUUGCUUUCAUCAGCUGUUGAUUGUUCAGGCCAAGAUCAUUUGUGUGGAGCUGCUUUUCGUAAGCUUGUCGUGUAAUUUGUCCUCAUGCAUCUAUGAAAGUGACAUGUUUUAGGAUCUGUGUAGAGGCAAGACACACAGAAGUGGUUUAUUUACAUAGUAAGCUGCCAUUGAACAGUUGUUCUCUCAAGGGGCCUCCACGUGCUGAUCAUUAUAUAGGAAGGUGGCCUCACAGGUGAAAUUUGACAAGAUACGAUAGGUGCUAGUGAUUGGAACCUUUUAAUAUAACCUCAGGCAUGCACAUUUAUACCUUUUAAAACUAAACAGUGCACAAAAACUAAUGCUUGUGCAAAAGCAGAGCUUUGUGUGUUGCACUCUUAUUAUUUUCUACUCCUCUCCUUUAAAUUUACCUUCACUCUUUCUUUUUCCCUUUUCCUGCAGAUCUCUGUCUGGGCGUAUAGUUGGUGGGGUCUGGUGGUUUUUCACCUUGAUCAUCAUCUCUUCUUACACUGCCAAUCUAGCUGCGUUCUUGACAGUAGAGAGGAUGGUGUCUCCCAUAGAGAGUGCAGAAGACUUGGCCAAGCAAACAGAGAUUGCUUAUGGGACUCUGGAUGCUGGGUCUACUAAAGAAUUCUUUAGGGUAAGAGAAAUUAGUUCUGACUUCACUAUACAAAAGCAAGAGUCUCGUGCUAGCUCAGGAAAUGCAGCACACGCGGGGUCUGCCAGAUACCAUAAAUACUCCAGAAGCACGGCAUAAUUACACGCUUCCACAGAUUACUGAGUAAUUACACUUAGCAGCAUCAAAAGUAAUUACCCUGUGACUUGCAGCUCAGGUUUAGAGAAUAAUAAGUACUUGGUUAGCUCUGUAAUUUAAUGGUACCAUUUGCCCGAUGUAAAUACAUUGGUGUUACACUCAAGGGGAGCUUAUGUAGCAAGGCCCCCCUCCUCCAAAGUGCACUUCCUUUCAAUGGUCUAAUGCCCCCUGUUUCUCACUUCCCUCAGCCAGCCCACUCCAUUUAUGGAGUGCAGUGCAAAUGUGACACUUCAAUCGCUCCUACUGUUCAUCACAUGAGGCUGUGUAAUAUUGAAUCCGGCCAUUGGAAUACUGUCUACCCGCAACAGGUUUUCGGAAGUCUUUCCCAGCCCUGAUAUACCAGUUCACAAUUACUGGCGAUUCCAGUGAUUGAACCUUGAACCUUCUGCAGUACAUAUCAUGUAUUCUGCCACUGAUCAAUGGCCUCAAUGCAGUGCUAGUUGUAGGAGUUGUGUUCCUAGCCUAGUUCCUAGUAUUUUGCCAAAGUAUUUGCAUCUUUAGCUGCAAAUCCCUCUUUCAUUCCAUUCAGCCUAGUUCUUGUUCCCUAAAAGGUGCCCUUGCAAUCACAGAAACAACAGCAGAGGCCUAGCUGCGUAGCGCCAACAAUCCAUGCAAUAUGUUUCGCCCCAUACUCACCACCUAUUGGCAGGGAUUGUGUGGAGGCCAUUCACCUCUAUGAAUCAGCCCCCAGCCCCGCGUCCUUUCUUCUCCCUACCUAUGCAAUGUGUGGGCACGCAGCCCAGCAAAAUGUGUGUCUUCCUUGGUGUAUGAAUCUCUGCUCUAUUAACACAUGCUAAGAGCAGUGGAUUUAUGCUAUUCUGGACAGAGAUCUAAAAUAGCGGUUUUUGAGAAGAUGUGGACGUACAUGAAGUCAGCUGAGCCCUCUGUUUUCGUGCCGACAACAGAAGAGGGGAUGAAGCGUGUGAGGAGAUCCAAAGGGAAGUAUGCCUACCUGCUAGAGUCUACCAUGAAUGAGUACAUUGAGCAGAGAAAGCCAUGUGACACCAUGAAGGUGGGAGGUAACUUGGAUUCCAAAGGCUAUGGCAUUGCAACGCCAAAAGGUUCACCACUGAGGUAGGUAGACUGAAUAUGUUACUCCUUUAACUGCAGCCCAAGCAGUCAAAGCAUCCAUAAAUGUGCCUCCAGACUCAAUUACCACAGUAUACAGAUAAUGAUACUCAGGGCGUGGGUGGGAAAUGUGAACUGCUGGACUGCUGCUUAACAGUGAAGCCAGUUUGUCAAGGACUGCUUCCCCCCCCCCCUUUUGCAAUGACUUCACUCCCUAUGUUUUAAUUUAUUGUAACUGGGUAUUUACAGCUGGCGUUGUGUGGCAUACUGGCUACUGAUUAACAAAGCAAUACUUUGACGCAGCUUGCUUGUUUUAUGGUGCAUGAGAGUUGUGCAACAUGUAUUACAGUCCUUGUUUGGAUUCAAACUUUAAAAAAGGGGUAUUCUACCGGUAAUAGUGUUUCAGUGUGUGCAUGUCUGAACAAAGAGAUGCAAAUCUGUGUAGGGCGAAUAAAUGGAAAAGCUAAGUGUUUUCCUUUUAGCUAGGCAACAAAACAGCUCAAAGGUUCUUAUGCUUAGCUGGUUACCCUUAGCAACCAAGGCCUAGUUGGUACAAGGUACUGGGCCAAAGUGUUGCAGAGGAAGGCAUGACUAGACAACAUGCACGAAGCAUAAACACAAAUGGAAUGCACAACAGCCACACAGUGCAAGCGACAAGCUGAACAGAAACACGCACACAAUAAUGUGCCAGUGCAUUAACCACGCACCAGAAACACUUUGCAGCAUGUUAUUAUCCACACAAUUCUCUUCAUUUCUAUAGCGAUCAAUGACGUGGCAUACAUGACUUAAUUCUCUCACCUACACUCCAAUACCAGGGCAAGGCAGGAAUUGUGUGCCGCUGCAGGGUUUGGGUCUGGAUGUGAGUCUUAUGUUUUAAAGGAGAACAACAUUUGCUGAGGGCGAUUGCUAUUGUCCUUUUUAAAUUGAGAUUUUAAAAGAAUCCUGCUGUGCCAAAAUCUUUAGUGUAUAUUGAAAAAGCUGCGGCAUUUCUUCUGGAGAAAAAAUGAAAACAGAAAAAUGCAAAGGUUGAUUUAUCCUGUUCUUCAAAAUAUCCUCUGUACGAGGAAAGGUGAGGAGAGCAGAGGGAGACAAAUAUGGUUAUUCUUAACAUGACUUCCCAGCUCAAUGGAAACAGCCAAGGGAGGACACUUUGUUUUUCCAUUUGGUCUGAUGGUGCUUCUUUGGAACAUAUGGUCUCAGUUUCUCUUCCCAUAAUGUUUGUUGUGUGUGGUCAUUUUAACUGUUUAAACUAAUAUUAUAUGCUCAUCAGUCACCCUGUAGCAUCUCUCUGCACUAUCGCAGGAGAGCAGUCCAGGGAAUGUAUUCUGUUCUGUGACUGACUCUAUUCUUGUUUCUAUCAGAGUCCACAGACAUUUGGUCACUGAAGUCAUUGGGAUCAGAAUCAGUUGUGUGUGGAAAACAUUAGGCACUAUGUACCACCACCACGACCCAAAACAAUGUAAACAUGUCAAUAAAAACAGUCCUGCAACACAAUUCACGCAUUAAGAAUAGUAAACACUAAGCAAUUAUUUAUUUAUUGCAUUUAUACAACACCUUUUUCUCCAAGAAGAACAAGAUGCCAUAUACAGUUCUCCCCCUCCUCAUUUGAUCCUCUCCAGCUGAGAUCAGACAGACCCCUUCCUAUUGCACUUCUGGUGCUGUGGACAUUUUAAUUUAAUUUUAUUUUAUUUCUAGUUUUGACUGGUAGGGGGGAGGUUUCCCUUUAAAAACAGCAGCAACCUGAGUUACUUGUGCACUGCUUAGGGACAACUGUAAUUAAAUGUUAUAUAAGUUGUUUAAAUAAAUAAAUAGACAGAGAAAAGUAGAGGAGGCUGGCACAGUUAGGCAUUUCUAGAAACAGCAAAUUCCACUGCUCCACAGCAGCUACAAAAAAGGCACUUUCCAGAGCUGAAAGGUUAGCGUGUGAACAGCAGGAGAGAAAGCAGAGUGAUAGAGAGCAUAGGAGGGAAAGCAGUGUGGAAGGGAAAGGGGACUAGAUCUGGCUGGAAAAGGGAGUUACUGAGGAGAAGUGUCUCAGAGGUCAGAGAGGGCAGAGGGAUGGGGUCGGGUGGGGGAGAGAGAGAGAGAAUAGGAAUAUGGAGUCUGAGAGCACAGAACUUGAUCCUCUUGAAAUUACAUAUUUUUUCCCCACAUGCUUUUAUUUUGGUGCACUGAGCAUGCCAUUUUAUAUGAAUAUGCAACAUCACCCCAUAGAAUGAGAAAUUUUACUCUUUGUCUUUUCCACUGCUUCAUGGCUCACAGUACUUUUGGAAAUAUGCAUUUGUGUCUGGGUUUUAACCUAUUAAUACUAAAUAAAAAUGAAUAUUGAACAUGCAAAACGUAUUGGGGGAACCCAAUGACACAUAAUAAGUGUGUAAUCCAGGGAAUGUAAAUGAGAAGAGGAGAAACUUAUACUCUCUCUCUCUCAGAUAGAUAAAUAGAUCUCUCUCUCUCUCUCUCUCUCUCUCUCACACACACACACACACACACACACACACAAAACUAGAAAGAGAAGUGAAUCAGGCGAGGUAGGCAUGUAUUCUGUAAUUGGCUUUCUUUCUCAAAGUGGUAACCUUUAAGCAAAGCUCCCCAGAGGCCCAUAAACUUGUAUGUCAAUUAUUCCAAGUCAUUUAAAUGAAUAAAAGUGUUCCUUGUCAAAGAUCCAACAAAACUAACACACAUCAGAGGAAAAUGUGCCAGCCAACUCUGUUUUUCAUCAAGGAUUCUGUGACUGUAAGAUAUUGAAAGAUGCUGUAUGAGCUGCAGAGGAGAACCAAUUACUUCAAACUUAGUCUCUUAAGGGGAGAAAAACAAGGAACAAACAACCUGAGUACUGCAGAAUGAUCUGUACUUAAAGAACAACAAAGAGUUCGCUGGGCUUUAUAACACCAUAUUACCCACGCAGGAAUUAAAAUAUUAUUUCAGUUCACCGAUUACUACAUCAUCUUAGAUUGCUAAACAAUGACUGUACAAAUGAGGCUGUGUUCCACUUUAGAAUACAGAUAUAACCAUCUGUGUUGCAUCAUCGCUGCUUGAGCUUAAAUACAGCUCACACGCUCAGUGCCCAACAUGUGAUGUGUCAAAUGUGACUCAAAAGUACACCAUGUAAUACAUGCAAGGGUCCCAGUAAAACACCACACAGAAGCUUUGUUUUUUGCUUUCAGCAACACAGUACAGUCCCAGCAAUUCCAGUUCUUCUUUUCCACCCCCCAGUAGCAGUACUCUUUGUACAGGUGGGAACGCCAGAUUGGUGGUGGCAGCAGUCCUGCCACUGCAAGCGCACAACCCUGACACCACAGCCAUUCCAGCAGAGAAGCCAGUGUUCAAAGGGCAUCUGUGCAGCUCUGCUGCACCACACAUGCCACCACUGCUUCGUUUCUUUCCUCUCUGUGCAAUGGGACUAACCCACAAAAGGAAAUGCGAGCCCCUUGCAAUGGAUCAUUUGUUCAGCCUCAGGUGUGCAGUCCCCCCCCCCACACACACACAUUGAUAUAAAUAUGCACUGUUUCUAUAGAGGCAGUGGAGUUCAAACAGCAGGGAGUGAGAUGGGAGAGAGAGACUACCUGACACAAAAUUACACCCCAAAUGGAAAUUGCAUAAUGCACAGAAAAGUAUACUUUUUCUACAAAUGAGACACAAAACUUUUGAUUCCUGAGUAUGCUAAAGCUAUCCAAUAUGAGAAGUGCUGGGGAAGGCAGCAGUAUCUACCUUCUUUCUCAGAGGCUUUAGACUACAACUUCCAUCAACCCCAACCACUGACUGUGCUGGCUGGGGUUCAUGGGAGCUGAAGUCCAACAAUACUUGGGCAUCACCAGAUUAGGGAAGGCUGGUCUAACUGCACCAAUUAAAAUUGUUGAUUAUCCUAGAACUCCCCCAAAAACAGCACUUGCUGAAGGAACCUAUGCAGAUUAUUGUGUUGUUUGAGCUAUUGGAACUGUAUUAUGGUUUAAUUCUUUUUGAAUCUGUAGAACAUUAUAUGCCUUAUCUUCUAUAAUAUAAAAUCAAGACUACUUCCAGCCUCAAACACUAAACAUUUUAAAACCCCAACAAAUCCCUCUAACACUGUUAUCUAAAAACAUAACAACUGACAGCAGAUCAGCAUUAGGAAGUGCUGGAAUAAAAAAGCGCCAUUACGUUUCCAAAGGAGGUGGGGAGGGGAGACGGACCAUUAUAUAGAACAGGAAGGCAAACUUUGGCCUACAACUCCCAUGAUCCCUAGCUAACAGGACAAGUGGUCAAGGAUGAUGGGAAUUGUAGUCUCAAAACAUCUGGAGGGCCGAGUUUACCUAUGCCUGAUAUAGAAUGUCUGACUUGGGUACGGGAACAAUUUCACACUACAGGAUAAUAUACUUCCCAAGAUAUGCUGGAAUGUUGCCUUUAAAUCCAGAGCUAGGCAGCAUGGCUUAAAAGAAGUCUCAUGAUUUCACUGUCAAAAAAUCUACACUAGCUGCAGUUUCCAAACCCUUCAGGAAGCUUUGCACAUGAAAUGUGCUGCAUUUAUCAAUCAUUUAGGUUGCCAUUUUAAAAAAAUUACAGGUAUAGCCUACAAGCAGUUCAAGACAACAUAUAUGGUUAUGCUCACAACAACCCUAUGAAGUAGAUUAGUCUGACAGUGGCUGACCCAAGGUCACCCAGUGAACCUCAUGGCUGAGUUGGGAUUUGCUCUAACCACGUCACUGCUGACGCAGAUGUACGGAUGACCGAGCAAAUUCCUGUCUUUCAGGAAAGGUUAAAGGAGGCAGACCAGAUGCAGUAGAUCAAAAGAAUUUGACAUUGCAAGCAAUAGCUCCAGACCCCAUAUAUCCAUCCCACCACUGGGGUGCCUAGGCAGUUUUAUCAUAUUUUCCAUGGAAUCCUCAUGGGGUGCUAUUGGUGGCUUUUAAAAAAUGGGACCCCUCAUCAAGCAAACUGUGCCCGGGCAUAACUGAAUACAGGGAGCAGAAGAGAAUGCAUUUUAAGACUUACCAGCACAAUUGAAAGGAAUUGUAGCACUAAUGCACUUGGAAAAUAAAGAGAUGGCACUGUACAACUGUCACCCUUCCUAACUUCCCUUCCAUCACCAUCCUCUUCCAUCCCACUCCUGCAGUUUGAUGUGUCCAGUCAUGCAACCCCAUUUAAUCGACAGCACUGGUGCUAUAACUCUGAACAAUGAUGGGAAAAUAAACUGUCCGUCACAAAACAGUCUGUGAAACAGUGUCUUCUUUAGAGCAUAUUUAACACAGCAUAGCUGUAUAGGAUCUGUCCCAUUGACUUCAAUGGCAUU